GUUUGCUCUCGUUCAAACAUGAGAAUAGAAACCUGUUUCAUUACAAGGAAAUUGUGACAAGCUCCACGAACACAAACUGCUUCUGAGGUAACGUGAUUUACUAACAUGUUAUUUAUUAUAUAAAACUAUCUUCAAUAUAUGUAAAUGUGGAAUUUUUACCGUUUACUGAUCAUCAGCUCUUAAUAUCUGGCUUUAUCUGAUAACGUAUGGUUCUGAUAGUAUGUGUGAACAUAUGCAACUAUUCUAAGCACUGAGAAUCAGUUAUUCACUAAAUUGUGAAAUGUCAGUGAUUCAAACAGAAUACAAAGUGAUUUUAAUCCAUAAUUGCGGGAUAAACUUUAAUGUUUUUUAAAGCAGCUGCAUUUUCGUUUACGCUAAAACUAUGAAAUAUCAAAUUAACUUUAGAAUAGAGAGAAGAACCAUUUAGUAGGUGAACCCUUCUGAAAUACGAGUAACCCAGAUAAAAUGUCACUUUUAAUUAAUAUAGUGUAAAAAAUGUAUGCAAUAAGAAUAAGCAGAGUAAAUAUAGAUUCUGCUUAGAUGGGAGUAAAUAAAACUCCUAAAUCACAUAAGGGGAAAAAAUAAAGAAAUAUAACCCUAUUAUUUGGAUAACAUAAAUAAUAAGAAUUCAAUAAUGUCACUCUGUGAGUCAGUGGUCAAGUAAGAGGAAAUACUGCAAAAAGUAGAUACAGAAUAACAGCAAAUGUAACUGCUAGCAAAAGAAACAAAUGUUGCUAGUCUAAUAAAUAGAGAGGAGGGAAAAAGAUAAAUGCGGUUUGAAUACUAGCAGAACGGCAAGCCCUGCAAAAGAUUGUGUGUGUAUAUAUAUAAGCAGGAGAGAAAGCUAAAAGUGGAGAGACUAGCUUCCCUACUCUGCUGUGCCUUCGUGGGCACCCCUUUAAAAGUACUAGUAACCACCUCCCCUCCUCUAAGUAGAGUUAAUAUAGUAUGUUUAGAAAUCACAGAACGAAAACUGGAAUAAAGAAGAGAAGAAUAAAUGCAAAUGAAAUAAAUAUAAAAUAAUCUUGUAUGGGUGGUAUAGUCUGAAUAUAUUACAGCAUGUCUUCCCUCAUCAUAGAAGCCACAUCAUACAUAUAACGUCCCGACGCGUUUCGCCAUUAAGGCUCUUCUUUUUUUAUUACAUCAAUUUUUUUUUUUACAUUAUAUUAAUUAAAAGUUACGUUUUAUCUGGGUUACUCGGAUUUCAGAAGGGUUCACCUACCCCCCUCCCCCCCACUACCUCAGAGUAACCUGACACCUUCUCCCUGAUAGGUUUUUCUCUAUCUCUAUAUCAAAUUAACUUUAAAUUAUUAGACAGUGUCAAAGUCACAAUUUAGGCAAUAAACACUGACACUAUUAAUCAAGAUGAAUUGUAAGAAUUUCAAAUGUAAGGCCAACAUAGCUUAAAUUAAGGCAUAGCUGACUUAGUUUUACCAGUUUGUCUUUUUUUUUUAACCUUAAAUUUAAAAUUCACUUUAGCAAAUAACACUGUAUAUAUUUCAAAUGUGCUGUCCUGAAUUACAAGGAACUGCUGAUGUUCUAAUUCGAGGUAGUUGAAAUCAGUGCCCUCAAUAGAACAGAUCUCUAUUUUACAGUCACGUGAGGGAGUACGGAAAAAGAGAAAAGGAAUGUGGCUUGUAAGCACAGGAACAUUCUAAAACUAUUUCUGCAUUCAAACCUCUGCCUUAUAUUCCACUGUGAAUACAAAAAAACUUUGCAAGACCUAUUUUGUUAAAUUCUAAUAUAAAAAAAGUCUAUUUCGGUGUUUGGACCCUUGUCAGUAAAACUCUGCCUCCUUGCACACUGUCACCCCCUCCUCCCCACACACACUGUCACCCCCUUCUGCCUAGACUGGGUAUUUGUAAAGGGGAGGAGUUGGUGAAGAUGACCAUGCCCACCUGGGGCCCCAGGAAAAAAUUCUGCACCCAGGCAUCUAUGACCCUACGAUCGACCCUGACAUUAUAGUCACAUUACUGGGGAAAAAAAACAUAUAAAAGGAUCACUGCAGCAAAAGCAAUGUGACUGUGCUUGAUUAGGUCAUUGAGUGACUUCUGACAGAACUUGUCGCUUGCUUUAGUUGUCACGUGGGUGAUCUGGCUUCAACCUUGUUUGUAGCAUCAUAUCCUUCACAUCUUAUUUGUUUAUCUAACUUCAUCUUUGUUAAUUUGUGUCUUGAGUAAUUACCUCUUUUCUUUUAAAACGGAACAUCCAGUUGAAAGUGUCAUAAUUAUGUGAGUGCGAUAGAAACGAGAACAUUUAUAACGUAGAUCCGGUAACAUAAGCAUGGAUCAUAAUGGUUGGGUCACAUUGGCCUCCUAAAACAGUGGAUCAUACCUUACUAGGGCUUCAGCCUGGGAUUGAGUCCCUAUUUACAGCUGAUCUCACCUGAGAUGCACUCAUUUUUCUGCAGUAUAUAAUUUUUGCACAUUGACUUGAUAUGCAUUGAAUGUAAAUUUAUUUCCUGCAAACAAAGCAUGGAUGGAAAAUAUCCAAUAUGCAUUGUGUUCUCAGGGCAUGUUGAGCAAAUGGUGGCAUUAAACACCAGAAAAAACAGCACAGGAAUAUGUACUUAUAUUUCCUCUACACACAUCACCCUGGUAACCUGUUCACUCAACAGGGUGUACACUUGGGUGAGGGAGGACAGAAAGGUUAACUGUUUUCUUUAAUAAUGCUAGUUUUAUACCUCAUGUUCUUCAUACCGGUGUGACCUUUUAUACAAGACAUAGGAACAGAAGUCUGUUAAUGGAACCCAUAGGUGUGCCGUUUAGUAGAAAAAGACCAAAUAUAGUGACCAAUAUAUAAAUUGACCAUCUUUUUAUUGUUGCAACUUAAAAUAAAAUAAACCGCUCAGCUGUGACUUUUUAUGUAAGAUUAGAUUUUAAAGUUUAAGAAGAGGAGUACAAACCUUGAGAGAAAGUUAAUGAAAAGGUAUUUUGUGAAUUAAAAACAGUUACCUGCACCCAACCCAAAUCCCUAGGCACAUUUCAAUAAUAGGAGGUUUUCAUAGCACUCCAGUGGCCAUUAGUCAAGGCAAAUUUCUCAGAUGAGUUCUACCCUAACAAUUCACAUUGCUUUCAUAAGAAUUCGAGUUUCUGUCUGGAGAUUUUGUCUUUUACCUGAAAGCAGCAGGGUAAGUUGUUACUAGAGAAAGCACUUGCCUUGAAGAUUACUUUGUAGUUUCAUGUGUGCUUACAUUUUUAUGGCCUUUCGCCUCUUAUUUAAAUGUUCAUAGGGAACAUUUGGUAUAGUGUGUGGGUAACUUUUUUUUUUUUUUUUUUUUCAGUUUAGUAUUAUAUAUUUGGGAUAAUGAAUAUUAUAGCUGUUGCAGCUGUCCAAGAGUAGUGGAAGUGUGAGCACAGGGCUUAAUUUUGUGUAUUUGUGUUUAGUGAACUCUUGCUAAAAUAGGUGAUAUGUUAGAGAGGAAAGGUGUAGCUUGCUGGGUUACAGUUUCUCCAGUGAAAAUAAACUAUGGAUGCUAAAAGUGAUAACAAAUGUUCUGAUAUUGACGCUGUGACAAACUCCCCUUUUCAAGUGAGUUUGCCAUGAGUUCCUGGAGGAGCCUGCUUGCCAGCCUACUGCCAACAGACUAUGGCUCUUGUAAAAUGUGAUAUAAAAGUCUCCAUUCAUGCAUUUGGACUAUAUGGUUCAGAAACCGAACAGCCGCACGAACCGGAGGCCACCCUGGAGCUUGUUAAGCUGAAUUGUUACUUUGUAACAAUUUCCACCACAGAGUUCUAAGUGUUCGUCUGGGUUGCCGCAAUUCCUAUAGACGACAACGAUGUGGCGGCCAUCUUGUUCGCAUGAACACAGGCAGCGGUGUUUGGUCGUCGCGUUCAUGGAACUAUUUUCGGAUACUGAAACUCCCGAACACCGCUGGACUUCCAUGAUCACCUGUGUUCAGUUCUACAACCCUUAAAAAGACACUGUUCGGUGGAAACAUUCCCACGAACAAGGGAAACAAGCUCCAGGGUAAGACUAUUUUCUAUGUUAGGUAGUUUGUUUGUUUUUAAACUACCGAACUAGACCUACCGCAAGCCCUGAUUCUCUGGAACUGUGUUGGGCAUGGGACCAUGCGUGUGGUCGGUCAAACAAAUGACUUUUAGGAAAUUCCUGAACCUCUGAACUGAUAUGGGUGAUUUUUUGAUAUGUUGGUAACCCAGAAGUUUUUUUUUUUUUUCCUGUGCUUGGAGAUAAUUGGAUUAGUACAGUUCCUGAUGCAAUUAUUUUCCAGGCACAGAGGAGGGAUUAUCUGAUUAUGUAUGGGAGUGUCCUAGAUCUGAGAGCCAAUGUAAUUGUGUAUUUGUUUUUACUGUGGUUUACUCUCAGGUCCAGGUGAGAGAACCCUUGCAUGGGGACAUGCAAAUAAGGCCAGUUGUGGCUGCCAUUAAAGUAUUCCAGCUUGUACUCCCAGAACUAUGUAUUGUCUGGUUACUGGGAGGGGAAACCCUUUAAUCACUGUUCCAGUGUGUAGGAUUUUAUAAUAUCAACAUACAUCGACGCAUAUAUUACAAUGGAAGUUUUCACAGUGAGUUUUGCAUCCGCUUUAAAAGUUUCUUAGCUCAUAUUGCAUUCCCUACUUCGUUCGCUGCAUGUUGGUACUUUUAACAUACUAACAGUAAAUGGGGUAUGGGGUGGGGAGAGGGUAUAGGAGGGGAGGUAGUGAUGGUGGGGUUCAGAGAGGUUUUGCAUAUCUGUUAUUGCCUAAUUUGUAGAUACAUUCACUUCGUACAUAUUAUGGCGUAGAUAUGGUCUCAGCUGUCGGAGUGGCCCAUGCGUCUCAUUUAUAUGAGAUUCUCGUAUAACGACGCUUAAGUAUAGGUAUUGUGAGUUGUUCCCUUUUGGGGCACCUAGGUUUUUUUUUUUGUUUUUGUUUUCUCUAUGUUGUAAUGUGGGGGUUCACCCCUUUUUGUUUGUCACGUACACCUCCCAAGUGUUUCAUGCUGAUGUUAUGAAUGUUUUUGGUGGUGCGUUUUUCCGUGCCAUUAUUUCAUAUUGUUUUGCCAGUUGUAAGGCAUUGGGCCGUGGUUGGUGGGUCUGAUUUAUGCCAAAGCCCGCUAAUCGUUUGGAGGGCUACCACUAUUAUGUGGUAUAUGAAGUAUAUGUGGGUUUUAUUUAGACCCUUUGGGAAUAGGUUUAACAAAUAAAUUUCUGGGUUCUCCUGCAAGCUAACACCCAUUCAAUCAUGUAUUAUUUUUAUGUCUGACCAGUAUUGCUUUAAUUUUGGGCAUGGACCCUUUGUCAUUCAUACAGCGCCAACAGGUGUCUGUCAGGGUUGGGUUGCCUCGUUUGAGCCGUACCGGUACCAUCGGUAUAGUAUUUUACGCGUAAUCUCCACAAGAGAGGUUUCCGUGUGCCCGAAAUAUUUGGGCCCAUUGGCUCUCAGGAAUGUGGGUUCCAAUUUCGCAUUCCCAUGCCUUGGUGAAUGUAAAGGCUUGAGGUUCUACUGUGGUGCUAUAUUUAGCAUAUAAUAUAGAUAUUCAUUUUUUUUUUUUGUGGUCUUAGUUUGAGACAUAUUUGUUCCAUCUCCGUCAGCUGUAGACCAUUUACAGGAUGAUACGAGCUAAUUUUUUGCUUCCUGAACCAUGAUAUAAGUUGCAUGGACGAGAAGUGUGCUGUGUCGGGUAGCCCAUAUUGUGUUUGGACCUCUGCAAAUGUUUUCAACGUUGGUCCCUGGCAGAUAUGGUAAAGAUGUGUGAUAUGGUGGUUGUGCCACAGUUUGUAGUUAAAUUCCGGUAUUGCUAAGGGUAAUGCUUCCAGGGGUGAUACUAAGGAGGUACCACCCCUCAUUAUAUAUGUGUCCCCAAAUUGGUCCCAUAUUUGUAGCGUAAGUUUGGUCAUGGGGAGGAUAUCCUUGUGUUUGGGUCGUAAUUUCCUGGACAUCCAGGCAAGAGCAGAGAUAGUAAAGUUGUUGGUAUAAGUCGCUUCUAUAUGCAGCCACUGCAGGGGUCUAGAAUUACUGCUGACGGCUAGUACCAGGCCCAGGAUGGCUGCUUUAUAAUAGUUUGUUACUUUUGGUAGGCCCAUGCCUCCCAUUGGGAAUGGUUUGUAGAGGGUGGACUUUGCGAUCCUGGGCCUGGUGUUAUUCCAGACAAAGGAAUUUAAUUUCUGUACGUCACGUAGGUAGCUGUUGUGUACUGCAAGUUGGCAGUUGUGAGGUCUAGGAAGCUGCUUAUUUCAGUCUCAGUUCUGAAUAGGUAUUCUUGGAAGUAGCAUUUUUGUUACUUCUAUCCUGCCCACCCAUGAGAUGAAUUUCCCUUUCCAACUGUGUAUUAGGGUUUUCAGUUCUGUGAGUAGUGGGGUAUAGUUUGCUUUGUGUAUACCCGUUAAAUUCUGUGUCAAGGCUAUCCCUAGGAACUUAAGGUGGUCUGUACGCCAUUCGAAUGCAAACGACUCUGAGAUGGCUUAGCUCAGUCUGUGGAAUGUUAAUUCCCAUUGCUUGUGUUUUGGUUAUAUUUAACUUGUAAUAAGAACAUUUUCCAUAUUGUUGAAUCAGAUUGUGUAGUGAGGUACGCGGAUUUUGUAGUGUGAGGAGGAUGUCGUCCGCAAACAGUGUAAGUUUAUAUUCUCUGCUCUGAUUCCCUGUAUCUUGGGAUCGUUUCUAUUCAGUUGUGUGAGGGGUUCUAGGGCGAGUAUGUAUAGUAUCGGGGAUAGGGGGCAGCCCUGUCUAGAACCGUUGGAAAUGGUGAAGCUGUUCGAUGAGAAGCCUCCGUUUACCACCUGGGCCGUGGGACAGGAGUACAGAGCCUUUAUCAGUGCUAUGAAUUGUGGGGGGAAUCCGAACUUCCCUAGGACCGUGAGGAGGAAGGGCCAGUGGAGGCGAUCAAAAGCUUUUUCUGCAUCCAACGAUACCAGCACGCUUGGCGGACUCCCUCCCCGCAGUCCACCCAGCAGGUCUAGGACCUUCCUCACUCCAUCUGCUCCCUGACGUCCACUCACGAACCCUACCUGGUCUGCAUAUAUUAUUGUAGGUAUAAUUUGGGACAGUCUGUUGGCAAAUAUUUUUUUUAGCCAACAAUUUUGUGUCCGUGUUAAGGAGUGAUAGCGGGCGUAAGUUCUGACUUUUUUAUUUGGUGUUUUCCCUGGCUUAGGGAGUAUCGCUACAUAAGCCAUGAGCAUCUCCUUUGGCAUUGUGCCUGUUGUAAUGAUGUGGUUGUAUACUGGUGCAGAUGUGGGGCUAAGAUGGUGGAGAAUGUUUUGUAAUAAUUGGUGAGGCUGUCUGGUCCCGGGGAUUUCCCGAAUGGUAGGGAUGCUAUGGUUUGUAGUAUUUCUUGGCUCGUCACAGGUAGUUGUAUCAGUUCUUUUUGCUGCAAUGUCAGUGAUGGCAGUUGUGUGAGGUCUAGGAAGCUGCUUAUUUCAGUCUCAGUAGGGUGGUGUGUUGUGUCAUCCUGCUUUAAAUUGUACAAAUUGUUCUAAGUGUUGUCAUCUGGGUGAGGAAGGUAGGGUCAUGCAGCAGGGAUUCGUUUAGGCGCCUGGCCUCUGAGGAAAUGGACCUCUCAAGGGUAUGGUAACUGGUGCAUGAUCUGACCACACGAUGUCCCCAAUUUUGCACUGGGUGGUUCUUAAAACUAGUGGCCCCGACACCAGGAUAUGGUCUAUUUGUGAGAACGACUUGUAUACCUGUGAGUAGUAUGUAAACUCCUUGUCUGUAGGGUGUAGUGUCCACCAGGCAUCGUAUAAGUUGUGUUCUGUUAUUAGUUUGAGUAUAGCUUUGCUUUGUGUCCCAGUUGCGGAAUGUAGUGGGGAGAAACCAGGCAGUGUUGUGUCCAUGCGUGAAUCCAGUACGUGGUUUAGGUCACCACAUAUGAUGGUGGCUCCCAAUGUCGUUUUGGGGUGUUUGUGCAAAUUUCUUUGCAAAAACUGUCUUUGGUUCGUAUUUGGGCAAUAUAUGCCUGCAAGGACGUAUUCGGUAUCGUUGAUCAUGCAAUGCAGUAUAAUGUGCCUCCCUUGCGUGUCUUUUUGAGUGCUUAAUAAUUCGAAUGUCAGCGAGCUAUGUAGUAGGAAUGAUACUCCCUUUUGAUUUGGAGGAAUGGGUAGCAUGGUGUUGGGUAGUCAUGGAGUCCACAUUUGGGGAUUUUGUUGGUGACAAAAUGCGUUUCUUGGACGCAAAGAACAUUUAUUUUAUUUCGCUUUGCUUCUAAAAGAAUGCGGCGUUUGUGAGGGUGGUUCAGCCCUCGUGUAUUGUGGGUUCGUAUUUUUAUAGACAUGGUUGUGGUGUAGGAUGCUGGGUCAAGGUACUCUUUAUCCCAUGUGUUUAUUUUCUUUCUUGGAUGUAGCUGCAUUUUAUAGUGAGGUGGGCGUGCGCAUCUGCAGAUAUAGUCCUCUCCUGAGGGUUUGAGUGUGGGGUAGGGUGUAACAGGGGUGUAAGAACUUGGAAGGGGUAAAUACAUUUCCCUCCUAGGAGGACAUGGUAUGGAAGAUCCACUCCUCGGGGUGGGAGUAGUGUGGGUCUCCCGUAGUGUGGCUGUUGAGCUCUAUAUGUUGUUGUUGUUGUUGUUUCUGGAAAGGAGCCGGCUCCCAGUUCGCCGUCAGUAAUUAGCUUAGUAGGCCAUCUGGUGCAUCACUCAGCCCAGCUAGUGCUCCCCAUGGGAAGCUGUGUCCGCAAGGUCUUUUGUAGGCCUUAAUUAUCCAUUUGCGUACCACAUUUUCUCUGGAGGGGGAACACCCGACCUCUGCCCAGCCCAUGGCUGACAUGCAUGACCCGACUUUAGCAUCGCCCCUAUGCAUGACAGAGCCUGCUUCGUCAGUUGUGUUCUUGGCUAUAUCCUCAAGGAGCCUAUAGUGACGAAGGCCCCCCCACCCCACCCCUGGAGUUUGAGCGUGUGCACCUCCCAUCCGGUGACGAGGCGCUCUAGCUUCAGUAUAUUCUCCCUUCAUGUUCAUUUUGCCGGUUAGUGAUAGGGGUGGCAAAGUAGGCAGAGCAGCUGACCCUAUGUAUUGUCUGUGCACUAAACAUAUAACUAUGUAAACUCAAAGUAAUAGAAUCACAUGCCAUUACAUAUGGAACUAUAAACCAACAUUGGAUUGUAAGAAGUUGGAUUGAUUCCUCCGCCGUGCUGGACCAGCAUUUUGGUCGGGUAACCCCACCAGUACUUGGUGCCGUGUAGCCGUAAAGCCUCUGCAACAUGUUGGAAAUUCCUUCUUCGUUUUCAACGUUGCUGCCGAUAGGUCGGUGAAGAUUUUUACUGUGGAGUAGUCUUCGUGCGAUUGGCUCCGCUUCUGGCUCGCCUUGAGGAUCAGUUAUUUAACGUGGAAGUAAUGUGCAUUUCCUUUCUCAGGUUGUCUGCAGUUUGUUGCCAGGAGGCUAUUAGCUUGCUGGACAGUGUGUCCAGUGCCUGUGCUAGGAAGCUCUUUGUAAUGUGUUCGGUCUGUGCAUGCUCAGUCAUGGAGAGACUCGUGUAUGAGUCUGCGAUGCUGGGCCUUUGUGUCCGAAAAAAAUCAUUUUGUCGGCUUUUGAGGCCGUUUUCUUUGUUUUGUGGUGAGACAUCACAUUGGGAGCUGUCGUCUCGUAUGUUUUCUUGCCUUUAGUGCUUGUUUGUUAGAUCUCCUUAUGUGGCCAUCUUGCUCGGAGGCCAGCCAUGCCCCCACCCAAUGUGUAGGAUUUAACCGGGAAAGUCCUUGUAAGGACUAGAGCUCCCAGAACAGAGUGUCGUCCAGUGCCUGGGUGCCUGGGGGUGUCUAGAGCGAGUUCUCCAUUCGGUUCCAGGUCCCCAGUCAAGCCACGGCGACACUGGGAAGAAGUGCUGUGGUUUGUCCCCUGUUCCAGCUAGGAAGCAGUCCUUGGCUGAGGUACCCAGUCAGGGGGUACAGAGAGCUCCGUUAUAUGCAUAAUGCUAGAACAGGGCCCCAAACUUUGUGAAAUGACCUAGACAAAAAUAUGUAGUCAGUGUGCAAAAAUGAAAUCUUAAAACUUCACAAAAAUUCCCUCGAGCAUACACUGAACGGUUAUACAACGUUUAGAAUGUUGCAGUCUUGUAAAUUUGAAACAUGUCUCGCAAACAGCCUUUGGUGUCUGUCAUAACUAGAAUGUACAGGUUAUUGGUUUUCUUUUUCAAUGAAUGGUUCUGGGCAACAAGCAGCAUUCACAUAUCUUAUCCCUGAUCUCUACCACAUCAGAGGCCCACAAGGAUAUUCACUAACCAGGAAACUAAACAGUGAAUUUAAAAUUUUGUGUCAAACAAAUCAAGCUGGAAAUACAGCCAAGUUUGAGAGUUUUCAAUUUUAAUAUUACAGUGUAAAGUUUGAAAUUCUCUUACAUUUUAUUACAUAUCCAUGUUUAGUGAAUAACUGAUCAUCUACUCUUCAUAACAUAUAUUCAUGUCUUAGGCAUUCUUUGAUGGGCACAAACAAAGAACACCUAAACCUUACCAAGGCCUAUCCAGACACCACUUGACCAUUCUCACCCUUGGUGAGACAUCUAUACAUAUAGAUAUCUAUAUGGGAUAUAUAUGUAUAUCAGACUUUAUCACUACCCCGGGUGGUAUUUUGUGUUCUAGGAACAGCUACGCUGUGCAGAACCCACAGAACUGCACUCUUCUAGACAGACAUCUUGGAUGUCCCAUCUGGAAUCUUCUGACGCGAUUCUCCAAGCUGGGGAUUACAGCCUAAAGUGCUCUUAUGACUAUUGGAACUACUACUGCCUUCACUUUCUAUAUUCUCUUUCAGUCCUUGGCAUUUGUCCACUUCUUCAUGUUCCUUCAUCUUGCUGCUAUGGUCAAUUGGUAUUGCCACAUCCACCACCACUGCAGUCUUCUGGUCCUUAUCUCCCACCACUACGUUGGGUUGUUUGGCCUGUACUUUCUUAUGUUUGCAUCUGGAAGUCCCACAGGAUCUUAUCAUUCCAUCUGGUGUUAGGCAGGUCCAGUCCAUUAUUUAUUUAUAUAUAUAUUUUAUUGUAUAAAUACUUUAGAGGUUUGUUUUUUGUUUUUUUUAGUCACCCAGACCACUUCAUUUCAGUGUCCAUGUCCUCUUAACAGUUUUUGAGAAAUUGCAAAAUUUCCAUAUAUGGUAUGCAGGGUUAAGUCCACCUUUAGUGGCUGUCAGUAUGCCUCUGCAAUGUCAAGGGACACAACGCCAAAAGAGCCUCGGCACUGGUGAAAAGCAGGUAAAUCCUUUAAAUUUUGUAAAGAAAUUUUUCCCUUCAAAUGUUUUGGUAAACAGUGGGUGGGGAUGGACCUUAAAAAAAGUAGGUUCAGAAACACUUUUAAAAAUGUAUGUUUAGUUGACAUAUAUAAUUACUAGGGAUGUGCAUGGGUAAAAAUUUGUUUUGGUUCGGCACUUCGGAAAUUCCCUAACCCUACCCAUCCAGGGGUUAGAGGUAGGGUUAGAUUCCUGUCAUCAUUCCCUUCAUUUUCCCUCCCUCUCCUGUUUUCGCAUCCAAAUUUUCGCAUUUCGUCCGAAUUUAAAUUCAGACCGAAGCGAAUUGCACGUGUAAUAAUUACAUGUAGAAAUCCACACAUCUUUAUUUUUCAACUUUGCUCCUCCAUCUUAGCUCUCUGUCAAUUGUCAGAUUCUGUCCUUUGCACCUGCAGUCAGCAUAGAGAAAGCAUACGGAGAAGAGGAGAAAUGAAGCAAUGUUUAUAUUUCUCUUAUUUGUUUGCAAUCUUUGCCCUGGAUUUGUUUUGUCUGAUCUGUAUUACGUCAUUAAGAUAUGUUAAACUAAAUUCCAGAGAAGUGACGGCUCCCCUAUAAAUACAGAUGUAAAGGAAAAAAUAUAUAUAAAACCAGGCUAAAACUGUCAAUAAAAUGUUGGUGACUCAAAACAACUGUAAUUUACAUAAAAAACAUAGAAUGUGACGGCAGAUAAGAACCGUUCGGCCCAUCUAGUCUGCCCAAUUUUCUAAAUACUUUCAUUAGUCCCUGGCCUUAUCUUAUAGUUAGGAAAGCCUUAUGCAUAUCCCACACGUGUUAACCUCUACUACUUCAGCUGGAAGGCUAUUCCAUGCAUCCACUACCUUCUCAGUAAGGUAAUACUUCCAGAUAUUAUUUUUAAACCUUUUGCCCCUCUAAUUUAAGACUGUCCUCUUGUUGUGGUGGUUUUUCUUCUUUUAAAUAUAGUCUCCUCCUUUACUGUGUUGAUUCCCUUUUAUGUAUUUAAAUGUUUAUAUAAUUUCCCCCCCCUCCCCCCCAACCCCUUCCCCCCUCUUGUCUUUCCUCCAAACUAUACAUGUUAAGUUCCUUUUAACCUUUCCUUUAAUCUGAUUGACAAGUUUUGGCAGUCAUUAGUAAACUUCAAGUAUUUAUUGAUACUAUAAAGUUGGGGGAGGGGGUCUAUUUGCUAAACAGCAAGUUAAAAGGGUGAAGAGCGGACAUACCAAUUUUUUAGGACAGAAUAGACUUAAAAUUACAGGAAAAAAUUAUCCAUGUCACACAAGUGUGAUAUUGAAUGAUGUAUAAAAAUACUGGGGUAACAUGACAGGCUUUAUUUUUAUGAAAAGUAUUUUGAGUAGGAAUAUUACAUUAAUUUAAAAUGUUUGGUUUAAAUUUUCUUGGCAUAUUUCCCAAAUGUCCCUAUUAUUAAGAGACUGUCUCUAUUUCUUAUGUAUUUUUCCUAUUGUGUGUGUGCGUGAGAUUAAAACGUGUGUCGUUUAUAAGUGUUUUAUAUAGACGCCACAGCAAUAAAAGUCACAGUGUGUUUUAAACAGCAGUAAAUUAGUUUUUAUAAGUGAGUUGGCAAAUUAAACACUUUGUCCUUGUUCUGUUUGAUUAAUUGAAUUACAGACUGUAAACAUUCGUCUUUUAAGUUACUUUAAAUAGUAUCGCUAAUAAACCAACACACCUCUAACCAUUUCCUCUUUACAAAAAGUCUAUUUCAGAUUAUGGGUGGUGUUAAAUGCAAUAAUAAUAAAUGUGCUGUGAACAACCAUAUAUUGGUGUAGCUCCCUCAUCUAUUACCCAUAAUCCCAAUUUCCACAUUUACUCCAUUUUCUCUGUCUUCUUUUUUUUCUUUCCCUCCCUGCAAAGUAAUGUUAUCCACCUAUGUUACCUCAUGAUUGUAUGCAAAGUUUGUUCAUUUGUUGCAAGUAUCUUUGAUAUUAUUGGUUUUGUUUGCUUGUUUAGUACUAUAAUUUUUUCAAUAUACUUGUAUAUAACUGGGGGCGGGGGGGGAAAUGAGUUAAAAGAAAUAAAGUUAUAAAUAUUGGUGCAUUUUAAAGAGUACAUGUCAUGCAAAAGCCAAAUUGCUAGCAAAUGUAGCAAAAUAUUUCCUUUAUGUAGUUCUCACCUUUUUACAACUAUGUCAGCAUAAGAGCAAAUACUUCAAAUAUGGUCACUAAAACCGAUGCUUAGAUAUACAUUUUUUCCCCAGCUUCCAAGUGCCACAUGCCAGUUUUUAAAAUAUAGUGGUAUACUAGCUAUUUGUGGGAUGCCACACUGAGCUUUCGGAGCUGUUUGGACAUCCACACUGCUCAUAUUCACAGUGAUCAUUCUGGAAUAUACCGCAUCAUGUUCCAUUAUAUCUUUCAAUCUAAACAUUUGCAGUCAGUUUUGUGAAUGCAAUGAGGGCUAUGUAUAAAAUUGUUCUGUUCAAUUGUGAUGUGAUUUUUUUUUUUUUUUUAUAUAUAUAUAUAUAUAUAUAUAUAUAUAUAUAUAUAUAUAUAUAUAUAUAUAUAUAUAUAUAUAUAUAUAUAUAUAUAUAUAUAUAUAUAUUGAACUUUCCUAUUUGCAUGCAUUUCUUCCUUUAUUUGCUCAAAAUUUUUUCCUAUUUCAACAGUUUGUAUCCCUGUUCCUUUAAGAUUUUCAAUUUCUUGCAUCCAGUGUUUAAAAGUUUUUUUUCUUUUCUGGUAAUUUUUUCCGUCACUGUCAGAGUGACAGUUUUCUGAGACCGAUAAGCCGCUUUCACUGUCUUUUUGUUGAAGGACAACCUGCACAUUUAUUUAUUUUCCCCCUAGUAACAUUACUCAUUUGUAUUAUUUCGUAAAAUGAUCAGGAAAUUCGGAUCCAAAAUACAAGAGGGGAAAAAGUGUUAAAAAGUAUUAUUUUGGCAUUACUCCAGCUAUGCCUUGACUUAUUAUUUAUUUUUUUAAUAGAAUUGAGUGAAAUUGCCAUCAUGGUAUUAGAUCUCAUAUUUUGACCCUAGUGACUGUGAAAAGACUGUGGAAGGGGGUGUCUUACUAGCAGCCCAUUACAGCCUAUUUAUUUGUGUUUAUUAACCCAUAGCUUUACAUUCCCUGAAAAAACAAAAGUACUAAUUUUUAAAGUGAACCUGUGCUUUUAUAUUUGGAUAAAUCAUCCACAUAUACAUUGAAUACAUCAAGAUACAUGAAGUAUUCGUUAUAUUUGUGGGUGUCACUCUUCAUGUAACACUCAUCUCUGGUCUGUCUUAAACUUGCGCCCUCCUCCGUGUCCCCAACAUGCUGGAUUAGUUGCCAACACGUUCAGUUACAGACACUCUGGCCAAGUCGUUACUCACUCCAUAGUCGCACUGGAUAGGGAGUUACCAUUCCAACCACAGCAUAUGCACUGAUUUUGCUAUGCUUUGAAGAGCAGAAGGACAUUCUGGGUGGACUCUUCUGUUCUCCCAUGUCAGUCAAAUUGUCAGCAUGGGAUCUGUGCCAAAUAUUUUACUUGGGAGUGGGAGAAAAACCUAUUUUAGAAUGGAUUUUUUUUUUUCUCCAAAACUAUACGUUGCUAGCUAAAAUUGAUAGCAUCAUAUAUAGACCGAUUUUCUUAUGCAUACACCAAUAAGAAUACAGAUAUCGUUUAACAUUCUAAUCACAAAAUGUCCAGUGUCAUGAGGAGUACAACUAGACCUCUUGCAUUCAAGUUUUAGUUGGAAAAACCUGCUGAACAGAUUUUAAAAGUACACAAUGUACCGGACAUUUAAUGUUAUAUUAUGGUAUAAAUAAAAUUUCCGAUGGUGGUCAUUUCAAGUUUCUUAUAACAAAAAAUAAUAUAGGCUUAAAACAAAAAAUUAUAUAGGCAUAAAAUAACCUGUAUUUUGCCUUUUACUACUGCUAAUAAUUGCCUAGAACAGAAAGUUCAACUUAUUUAUGUUAUUUUCUGAAUAGUAGAUCUAUUGAGACGUGGUGGGUUUUUUUUUUUUUUUUUUCAUUCCUUCUGUCAAGUGGAAAAUCUUAAGACUAAGGGCUAUUGUUCUAUAAACUGAAUUUCUUUAAACACUCCAAUAUAUUGAAAAGCAGAGGCAGGACAUCCCAUUGUUAAAACAUGUUUUAAAAACGUUUAAAGGCUUAGUAAUGAAUAUAAUGCACAAAAGUUAACCGUCUAUAUAGAAUAGUUAUGGAGUUUGCCAGUUUUGCAUUUUUCUUUUGCAAGAAGCCCUUGAUUUAAGAGAAAGAGGCUGAAGUUAUUGUAUUAUAUUGAUAUAUCAAAAUAAUGUAUCCCUUAUGAGUUAAACACGGAUAUUCUGCUGUGGUUGAUGUGACCUGACGUAUGGGAUUUAUUUUUUAAAGACUAUAAUUCAUGUCAUGCAACAAUAUUUUCUCAUGGUGCUUCAAUACACUAUGAAUAAUGCCAUGGAGCUGGCUUGACACUAAUCACAGCCAGAUACAGUAAGAAUCGAAUCUAUAUAUCACAGGCUUUGAUGCUCCUUUUCAUUUACAAAGUGAAAUAUUAAAUCGCAUCUUGUAGGUGGAUUGGUGAAUCAAGAACAUGUUGGCUGUUACUAGAUUAAAUCACCUGAUUACAAACCUGAUCUAUAUAAAAGGUCUAACAAGUUUCUGUUCCUUGCUUGUUAAAGGGACACUAAAGUCACCCAGACCAUUUAAUGGCAAAGUGAUCUGAGUGCAUAAACCCUGUCAUUUUAAUCAUUCAAGGUAAAACAUUAGUUUUUUUUUUUUUUUUGUGUGUGUGUGUUUAGAAACGUCAUUGUUUGCAUUGUUGGAUUAACGUCCCAUUUAGAAGUACUUCCAUGGCACUGGCCGAGUAAGUCACAUGACAAUGCUUUUCUUUGGGAAGGCUUGCAUAUGCGGGGGUUGUUAGAUGCACAUGUGCAUCUAACAUCCAAUGCACCUCUAUAAAGAAUUCUUUAUAGAGGAAUAUUGGGGUCUUGAUUGACCAUCUGUCACGCCGCCAGCCGGGUCCUCUCCUGCUAGAAAGCGGUCUGGGACCCGGCGGACAUCUCAUUGUGGUGGCAUUCCUACGUUGCAAUAGGAAUGCCGCCAAUUACUAGCCUGCUGCGCCCACUGGCCUCACUCCGAGCAGUCUUGGAGCUGACAGGCGCCCCUCCCCUCGCACAGCGGCCAGGUCUGUAAACAUUAGAGAUGCUGGCCGAUGCAAGUCAGAACCUUUUAAGGUUCUUAACCCCUGAAGUACCUAACUACUAGGAACGUGUCACACACAUGUUCCACUGUCACAUGCUCCUCUACAACCAAUCAAGGAGCACCUUAGACUAUUUAAACCUUUUUUGUCCAUUUCUCUGUGACCUGUCAUGGUUUCCUUUCUGUUUAUCCAAGAGCAUGUUUCUGGUAUUGAUUCUUGUGUAUUUUAACUCUGGCUUUUUUUACUGACUAUUCUCAUUUUUGUAUCCCUUGGACUUUAGAUUAUUUCCUGACUAUUUUGACAUCUGUAUUCUUUGGCUUACCUAACUGUUAAAGUAUACUCAGUGAUAUAUGUACCGCAAGGCUAACAAGGCAUUUGCCUUCGGGGGAACUUUGCAGGGGGUGGCCAAAAAAAAGCGCCCCUCCCCCCCCCAAAUGCCUAGGCGGAUGCCUUGUUAGCCUUGUGCACUGGGGGGCCCAAGAGCUGGCCUCUUUCCCCCACUCCCCCCCCCAGACGGGUGGAAGCAUGCAUUGUGAAAGCUUGCAUUGCCGGCAUGCGGCGGGCAGUGCUGUAGUCUGAGCUCUUACUGCUCAGCUCCCUCGUGCGCCACUUAGUGAUGCCAGGAGCUGGAAUAUGACAUCAGUCUGGCUCCCGACAUGACUAAGGGAGCAGAACAGGAGUAUCAGAGCUCCCUCACCGCCUACUCUGCCUGUUCACCCCCUGCCUGCACGCCUGCCCAGCAGCACUAGCAGUCCCAAGAACCAGCCCAGCAGCCCCACUGGACCCCAGGUAAGGAAUCCACUCCAGCUCUCCCAGGGAGGCUGGGUGGAUUUAAAUUACAAUUUAAAAAAAUGAUAGUUUGUGAGUGGGGGGGAAGUGUGUGUGUGUGUGUGUGUGUGUGUGUGUCUGUGAGUUAGUGUGUGUGUGUCUGUGAGUUAGUGUGUGUGUGUCUGUGAGUUAGUGUGUGUGUGUCUGUGAGUUAGUGUGUGUGUGUGUGUGUCUGUGAGUUAGUGUGUGUUGGUUGAACAGUGUGUGCCAAUGACUAUUUUUCAGUGAGUGUAUGUCCGUGCAUGCAUCAGUUAGAAAGCGUCUGUCAGUCAAAGUGAGAGCGGCCUUGACAGGAAGGGGUGGGGCAAAUUUAAAUGUGGGAGUGCUAGCGUUUCAUCCUGCCUAGGGCAGCACAAAUCCAAAAUACACCACUGCAUAUACUCUAUAUUGCUGAACUCAGCCUGUCUUGUACUUUUCUUUUUAUACAUUAAAUCCGGCCGUUCUAAGGCCCGGUAAUAAUAUGUCUUAGGGUUUUCAUUAUUUUUACUUAAGUUGUGCGUGCUGGGCAUAUUAGUGUAUCCUGACACCAUCACAAAGGAGACCACGCAUCCUCAAGGGCAUCACGGGUGGCCGAGAGGUGAGCAGCGCUAAGGGUGCCUCAGCGCUGCUAAAUGGUAAGUAAAUCCUUUAAUUGAGGAUUGCCUUAUAGUUAAUCCUCCUCUGUUCUCUGCAUGGUUUUAGCAUUAUGCAAGGGAAUAUAAUGCUGCAUUUACGUUGCAUUUGCUUGUCAACGUUGCCUGGUGUCUUGCUGGAUGGUGGGACAGGACUCUGAAAUUGGAUAGGUCCUGAUGGAUGUGGGACUGUUUUGAAGUAUGAUACUCUCUGCCAGACACACACAGAUAUGAUACACAUGUCCAUAAAGACACACACAAAGAUUUUGACUACCAGACAAACACACAUAGAUUCUCAGAUGCAAGCACCGAUCUAUUUAUUUAUAUCUUCACAAUCAGAUUACACAUCUGAUUGCAGUUGCUACCUACAGAAUUAAUAAUUAAAUCAGUCCAUCUUAAAGGCACAUAUUAAGAUCCAAGAUAGUUGCCUGGAUGGGACAUAUGUUUAUAGGCAGGCUCUGACUGGCAAAUUCUGUCCUGUUCGUACUGCAUUUAGGGGUUAAAAUUAAGUAUACAUAUGUUAUGACAUUGGCUCUACAAGGUGGUUUAAAUAACGACAGCAUGCGAUAAAAUAUAAUUUAGAGGAACUGUCACCUUGAUAACAUUUCCUCUUUUUUCAGAGUAAAGGUGAUGCAUACUGCAGGUGUGCUGUAGAGAUAUGCGGGCAAACUUAUCUCCGCUGCAAGUUCUGACCAGUGCAUUUCCUCAUGAUUCUUUGUGUAAGCAUGCAUACGGACAGACAAUGAACAAUAAAUCAUGAUCCACUUUGCAGGUCUAUCAGACCAUGUCAGAAUAGAGUAGCAUUUUCUGAAAAUUGUUAAAGGUAACCCUUUUUAUCAGAGCAGAUAUGUAUGAUUGUUUGUGGGACUGUCCCUGCAUUACAUUUUGACAUCGCUCAUACAUGCCAGUCCUAUGUUUACCCCUGGAUUCAUUUAUUCCCUUCUAUGUCAGUGUGCCCAAGAAAAAAAUGACAACUGUUAUUGUGGCUGUGUAACAAAACAAUACUAUAGCUAUAGAACCAACUGACCUAGCCUCCUCUAUUUCUCUUUUUUUAAUUAAACUCCAAUACAUGUUUACAAUGUAAUAUAUGUACACUUUGAUCCACAAGGAGUUAAUUUAUAUAUAAAAUUAAUACUAAAAUAUUCUUAUAUUCCCACAUUAGAGUUCUCUUUUCAAGGGCAAACUAAAUAUAGAAUACAUAGCACAGUAUUCACCGAGGGGUUGCAGCAGGUCGGCUUUCCUUGCAAAUUCGGGAUCAGUCCCAGCAGAAGCACCUUUUCUCCCCACAUAUUGUCUUAUGUAUUCUACUAUAUGUAGCAACUGAGGAUAACGUCCAUAUUGUCUUGUUGUUUUACAGUUAAAUUGUUUUCCAUCUAGAUAACCCAUGUGGAUAGUAUCUUGGGUGACUUGUGAUACUUCAUGUAACGACUACAUGGAACAUCUUAUAUUUAAUUUUAUGAUUGUAAUUUUCAACCUGCAAAACUGGUUGCGGCUCCGUUUAGUCUAAGCUACAAUGCUGAAAUUGGAGAAUGGUACAGUUUAUUAUGGUCUCUUAACUACGUCAUUUUGGAUUCUGUAGCCGUUUCAAAAUGCCAUAUUUGCUGCACUGUGCAUAUUGACCCUCAUUCCCAAUAAAAUGUUUAGAAAUGGGGGAAAAAAAGAACAAAGCUAAUUUUUACAAAGCUAUUUGAGUGUGCAAUACCUUGACAGUUCCUCUUUAAACUCAUCCAGGCCACUUUGUUUCAAUGUAAUGGUCUGAGUGCAGUGGUCCUUUCCUUUUAACCCUACAAUGUAAAACAAUUUUUUUUUUUUUUUUUUUAGAAAAUUAAAUAUUUACUGCGUUAAAGCCACCUCUAGUAGCUGUCUUCCUUAAAGCCACUAGAGGCAUUUCUGAUUGAGUAAAACUUGGUCACAUGAUGUGGAAGCCCACAUAAAGCAUUAAUUCAAUGCUUUCCUUAGGAGAAGCUUGGAUGCGUGUGCGACACUCGCUGCACAUGCCCAUCAGGUCCCCAACGCUCCUCUAUGAAUAAUGUUGGGUUGGAUCAUUGUGGAGGAGGCCAUUCCUUCUCCAUAGUGUCGUGAGGAGAUCCUAGUUAAGCAGCACUGAGGGGGAAAAGGUAAAUAAAAAGCUUAAUUUUAUUAACUAUUAUUGGAAAAGGGGGGAGAAAUCCAUAACUAGAACACUAAAGUGUUAGGAAUAUAGUCUUGUAUUUCUUACAUGUUUGUGUUCCUGUAAUGAAUUAAUUUUAACAGUAAAUUGAUAGACUGACACAUUGUCUUGUGUGUCCUCCAUUAACCUAGACAUGCAGCGUCCUUAUUACAUAUAAACAAAUUCUUAAGUGGUCCAUUAAAAAAAAAUUAUAUAUAUAUAUAUAUAUAUAUAUAUAUAUAUAUAUAUAUAUAUAUAUAUAUAUAUAUAUAUAUAUAUAUAUAUAUAUAUAUAUAUAUAAAAUUUUGCAAAGUUCAUAACAUAAGCGUGUCUCGACUCUUGCAUCAAAGAUAUUGGGAUUUUGCUCACUGCUGCAACGUGUUUUUUUUUUUUUUUUUCGUGAGAAAUUGGUGUCCUUUGCUCACAAAAAAGUGCAUGGUAUGGAGGGGAAUUUUGAUGUGAUAUUUUACGGAUAUAUAUAAAGUUAUAUUUUUUUAUAAACAUGUGCUGUUUGCAAUUGUUUGAUAUCCAUGAGAGCAAAGUAUUUUUAUAGAAUUUUUUUUUUUUCUUAAAAGAUUAAAAAAAUAAAGACAAAUGUUCACAGCUUUCUUUGCUCAUAUUUGCCAAGUGUGCCAAUAUUAGUGGAGGGCACUGUAUGUGUUAUGAAAUGUUUGUAAUUAAUCGUAUUUCACCAAAAUUCUGAUUCUGGUAUGGGAUUCCUUCUCAAUUGAUUCCAAAUGGUUAGGUUCUAUCUAGCAGAUUUUAGAUUUUUUUUAUUUUUUUUAUUUUUUUUUUUUAUAAGGAAUGAUCCAUGCUUGUCAUCAGCUUUUUAUCCUUCUACGAUCAUUGAUAAGGUUUGGUGCUAUAGUCAGACAUGAUUGUCUAUUGUUUUCAUAGCAUUUGGGAAAGGUUUCCCUUUUUAGGUGCUUCUGUUUCCGUUCAGCUAGUGCUUUCAUGGUUAGCCAGAAAGGCAAUGAUGCGACAUUUAUACCGCUGAAGAUUCCAGGAUCACCCUUUAGCAUUAAGAUUCCAGGAUCAUGUGAGUUUUAUACUUUGGCUUUUGAAAACAUGGGAAAAGAAGAAUUCAUAGCUAAUAUCCAAAAAGGGAAACCGUCUAGAGAGGUUGAUCAGGCUAUGUAUUUAUUGUGCUUUCACACACCAAGCUAAUGGUCGUUUUUAAACCGCUUGGCUGAGUUGGCUCAAUCUAAUAGGACAUUAAAGCCUCCACCAAAUAAUUACAAUUAUUUCUAAAGUGCCAACAUAUUCUGAAGUUUCUGUAUAUUCUUCCGUUUGUUUUAGAAAUAAUUCUAAGAAAACAUGCCGGAACAGUAAACGAAGAGUGUCCUGCCCAAACAAGCUUACAUUCUAAAAUGUAAUCACCCGCACAAUCACCACACUAUAAAAUGAAAACAGAAUAUAUGAAAUGUUUAUUAUUUCCCAAAGCACAGUGAUUAAAGGUAGUGCUGCGUAUUUCUUAUAAAAUCUGUAGACUCAUUCCUUGAUGUCUGACUAUAGAAUCACGUGAGGAAAUGACUAAGAAAGAUGUACAAGAGGCGGAUGUUUAAAGGUAGUGACUAAUGACUUCUUGGGAUCAAUAGUUUAUGUACCUCAAUUCAAGGUUUCCAUAGCAAAACUCAUUGUUAUCCUGCAGAUUUCACAAUGGCAUACUUCAAUGAAGUAGACUGAAAAUUUAGAAACUCAAACAAAGAAAAGUCUACUUUUCACACAUACGUCAAAGAAUAAUGUAUUGUUCACCUAGGAAUUCCAAUGUAUAAAGCAGUUCUCAUUUGAAUGAUGCACUACGUACACACUGUUCCUUUUGAAAUAAAUGUGGUUUGAAGUCGGUCAUCUCUGCACCAGAAACUUUAUUACUAUAGGGCGGAAUGAGCUUGUUGUUGUUGUUGUUGUUGUUAUUGUUGUUAUGUAUAAGGAACAGUUCUAAGACAAAGUUCCUAAAGUGGGGCAUACACCGAAGAAACCAAUGGAAUGUUCUUGCUUAUUGCUCUUCCCUAGAACUAUUGAUAUAUAAAGGCCAACUGUCACCUCAAAACUGUUUUUAUAUUAAUCCUUUCCUCAAGUUUUUGAAAGGAAAUUUAUUUUUUUUUAUUAUUUUUUUUUAGUGCAGUAUAUGUAAAAAAUAAAAAUAAAUUGAAAAACACAUCUCUACCUUUUUAGUAUGACAAGAUCCUUCAGCCAUAUAUGUGCACCUUGCAUCAGGCACUUUUUGAAAAAAGAUGCUUCACUCCCUGCACAGAAGCAGAAAAGACUAUAGCGUCUUAACUGUUGGUUUUAUGGCCAAAGGAUCCUGUGAUAUAUCAUUUAAAGUAAUAUUGGGUUUUUACAAAACUAUUUCCUUUCAAAACUUGAUGAAAUAAUAUUUAUACUAAGAUCUAGUUUUGAGGUGAUAGUUGUCCUUUAAUCUGUUUAGAAAGCUGGCAUAUGAGUGACCGUAACAAACCUAUUCAGCCAUUGAGUAAGUACUAAAUAAUUUUUUUAUAUUUAUGAAAUUCUAUACAUUUGUGGUCAGUGAUAAGGGAGAGAUUGGAAGGAUUGUGUGAAUGACCUUGUUCAAUGUACAUAAUUUUAAAGUGCCUUUUAAGGCUGUAAAAACCCAUUCCACAGCUUCUGGCUCAGUAGACGUCCAAUUUGUGGUUGGUUUUGGCACAGCUAUUAUCCACAAUGAGUGAGUUGACCUGAAACAAGAGGGCAAAAGAAGCAAAUGUUGGAGAAUAACUUUAUAAUACAAUCACUUGCAAGGGCAAAGCCUUAAAUGUUGAUCUCCGCUGAAAUUCUGGUUUCUGAAUGUAUUUUGUAUAAGCUGCAGACUUCCAUUGACCGAACAUUGAUAUUACUUGUAGUAAUAUCAGAAGAUUCUGUCGUGGUGUCUUGGUAAGUGACUCCAGCGGGAACCGGGAUAACUCCCUGCAGUUCAGAGGGGGGGCUGCGGGGCAGUAGUAAAAGCUCAGUUCAGAGCACUGGUCCGGAGAUCGUCUGCCUCCCCUGGACCCAGGCCUCGCAACAAGGUAGGCCUCAUGGCCGGACAGUGUGGUCUCUUGACACUGCAGCGUAGAUCGGGUAUCGCCGUGUUUCCACACAGUGGCGACUUGGUUCUCCAUAGAUACAGAGCUCUGUUCAAUGCAAGUUAGAGCUAUAAAGCUGAAUUUAUGCUUGUAGGCACCGGAGCUGUCAGGCCCACCCCCCUUGUGGCUCUCCUUUACUGUUUUCUUUUUGUAUUUAAAAUUCUUUCAAGAAAUAUAUAUUUAUUGUAACGGACCGUUUCAGCACACAAGGGGUUAAAACCGUUUAGGCGAUCGUCGCCUUCCAGAGAUGCAGGCACAGCUCCUGCAGAACACCAAUCCGCCGAACAGGCAACCAUACGAAUGCUGUAAACAGCCGAAUAGGAAAAACCAUACGAAUAGGCUUACACUCCUAGCAGUCAAACUGGAACAGCAUACAGUAAAUCCCCACCCCCCCAAGAACGAGACAAAGCUCUGUGUUGAGGGUCAAGCAGUGAACAGACAGAGCUGUGGGUUUAUUGUGCUUAUGUACACAUUCUUACACAUUAGUACCACCCACAGGGUUUUGGAACACAACCAAUAAACACAUACAAUACACUCAGACACUCCCACACAAAUUCCUCCCCUCUGCAUGUGAUUCAAUUACCUUACACAAUGGGUAAUUUGGCACAAGCAGAGAAAUAAAAAAUUUUCACAUUAUUUAUAACUUGAAAAGUAUGCAUCACAUUCACAUAAAACUUACAUUUUCAGAAUCAGCAUACUCCAAAUACAAAACAUACGUCAAAAUCAUACAAAUUGGUCCAGUGGUUCAAAAGAUAGAUCAUAGUCCUUUGUGACCACAGGAAGCAUGGCUUUUCUGCCCAAAACCAGUUCCACAGAGUCUUCUAUCCUGGAGAUAAUUGGGAAGUAAUCAAAUUAUCUCCAAAGACAGAGGCAAACUCCAUUGAACACAUGGCAGCAAAAAGACAGUAAAAUACACAAUGUUACAUUUAUGACAUAAAAUACAGACAUGCAACAUAUGCCCAGAUAGCUUAGGUCUAAGCGCACAUUAUUACUGAAUGGCGCUCAGAGCACACACAUACAGUUCAAUUGCCAUGGAGCCAAAGAUUGCUCUCGUCACAUUUAUUAUAUAUAUAUUUUUUUGUGUGGAGUCCCAGUGAAGACUGGUGAGAGACAGCUGAGUGUGGUUUAUACAGCAUAUACCUGUCCUUACAUCCAGCAUGAAUUUGAGUGUGUGUUUGAGUGACAAGACAUAAUGGUUGCCAUUUUCCUAAUAUUCUCAAGCUUCAUACUCGUGUGUGUGUGUGUGUGUGUGUGUGUGUGUGUGUAUACACACACACAUAAUUUUAUUUUUUUCUAACCUGAUGCAUUGUAUUUUGUGUAUUCCCCAUUCUUGUGUCCUCUACCAGAGGCCUGAGAGUCUGAAGGUUGCAUUGUCCACUGUUUCCAGAGCUGUACUCUUCGGGACAAGGAUCUCCGAUAUCUGAAGCCACUCUCCAACUUGGGAGUUAUGGCCCAGAUUGCUCCUUCUACAACUGGAACUUCUAUUACUACUACUUAUAUUCCUUCUUCUUGAUGUUAUGGUCACUGUCUAUUUCCACAACCAUCACCACUGCAGUCUUCUGUUUAUUGCCUAACAUAUAUGUAUAUAUAUUUUUCUCUUUAUAUAACUGUUAGUUGCUUUAGUAAGAUUGCUGCUAUUUGAUUAAUUUGUAAAAAGUGUGUGUUGGAAAUUUGCAGUGAAACAAAUAGCUUUAGCAACAUUUUCAGUUCAUGGACCAUUCAAGAUUAUCCCCUUAAGGAUGCUGUCUUUUCUUUUCUUUUCUUUUCUUUUUUAUUUUUUACUUCUGAAGCUGUGAUAUUAAGGGGCUAUAAUGUUUUUAUCUGAAUGCAUACAUAUAAAUGUAUGUAUGGUACUGUCUGUAAUUUCUCUGUUUGCCAGUGAACUAGUGGAACUCUCUAUCUUGGCUUACCUAAAUUGAAUUGUGGAGUAUGCAUAUAUACUAUUAAUAUUUAAAAAAAUAGUCAACUAUAGAAAAUGAGACUAAUAAUAACAGUGACAAUCUACCCAUACCAUUUUUAUAACAGCUCCUCUAAGAAUGCUCUUUUUCUUUCUUUUCUGUUUCACUAAAUAUACAUAGGACAUGUACCUAAUGAACAUUUUUUUUUUUUUUUUUGUGAAAAUUUAUAUUUUCUUUAUUGCAGAGAUUCCAGAUUAGUUUUGUGUUGAUGGAUAAAUAAUUGCAACCUCAAUUCUUAUGAAACAUAAGCUGUCUAUUCAUAUUUAAAGUGGCACUGUCAUGCUGAACUUACCUUUCCUCAAUCUCUUACUCUUCUCCCCCUCUCUCAGGAUCUGUUCUUCUUUUCUUCCUGUCUUCUUUAGUUUUCUUUAAAAUCAUAAGACAAAGUAGGGACUCUUUGCCUUAUGGAGGUUUUCUCCGCUUGACCAGCGGAGGAGCAAAGUGUGCUUCAUUUCUGCUGGUCAGAGCAAUUUUCCCAUAAUUCUUACCUUUCCUCUGAUCUCGCGAUGCUUCCUGUCAUUUUAGACAAAACUGCUGAAUUGCGUUCUAACUGAAUGAGAACAGAAUGUAUGUUUGUUUUUAGAACUCAAUUCGGCACUUUGUUCGUAUCGGACUUUAAUUUGAAUGAAUGAAACUCCGAUUCAAUUUGUGCCGCGGCUGCAAGAUGCCCACGGUAUUAGGGAACUAUCUACUUAAAAAAAAAAAAAAAGUGAAAGACCUAAAUUGGUCUUUCAGCCACAUUUACUAAUACUAAGUAAGGAUUACUUAGUAUUAGUAAAUGAUCUGUCCCUACUCGCUAUACUGCGAGUAGGGGCAUGUCUAGUAAACAGCGAGUAGCCUGUGGCUGCUCACUGUUAAAAACCUAUUGGCCCCCACCCCUGAGCUGUGGGUGGGGGCCAUAAUGGACAAUCGGGGGGAGGAAACCUACUGUCCUCCCCCUGGCCCCCACGCCUGCGCGGUGGGUGGGGGCCAUAAAUUACAAUGGGGGAGGACCUACUGUCCUCCCCCCGGCCCCACCCGGGUUUUUUAUUUUAUUUUAAGUUUGGGUAUGAUUUUUUUAAUUUGGCUUUUUUGGGGGCUGAAAAAUGAAGAUUUUAGAAAAAAGAUGUCAAAUGGUAAGUUUAUUUUUUCUUUACAGGUUAGUUAUUUUAUUCCCCCCUCACUAUUUUUUUAGGGUGAGGGGGGGUAGGUAGGGGGUUACUUUUUUGGUUUUUUUUGGGUGGGAGGGGUGGGUGACUAGGUUGGGGACCCCUGGUCACCUUUGAUGGGGGGGGGGAUUUGUCUUAGGGCCCCCACCCACUGCGCAGGGGGGGGGACAGUAGGUUUCCACCCCCUAAUUAUCUUUAUGGCCCCCACCCACUGCUCAAGGGGGCUGGGGGGGGGGAGAGGACAGUAGGUCCUCCCCCAUUGUAAUUUAUGGCCCCCACUGCUCAAGGGUGGGGACCGGGAAGAAGGACAAUAGGUCCCCCCUCUUAUUGUUAUUUAGGGCCCCCACCUGUCACGCAGGGGUGGGGGCCGGAUAGUAGUUUUUUGUUUUUGUUUUUUUACAGUGAGCAGCCACAGGCUGCUCACUGUUUAGUGGACAUGCCCCUACUCGCGGUAUAGGCUUAGGAAUCCAUGACAGUGCCGCUUUAAUCCUUAGCCACUUGUUAGUCUAGAACCAAAUUAUUUGAAGACCUGUUUAAUUUAGAGAACAUUCAAUUUUAUUUAUUUAUUCAUUUAUUUCCAGCUAGUGAUGAGUUGUUAAGUAUUACAGAAGAAGAUGGAAGAGACCAAACCAUCUGUAAAAUGGUUCAUGGAAACCCAAUCUGACUGGUUUUUCCAAAAUGGGAUCCCUGAAUGGUUUCACGGCAUCAUCACAAGAAAGUAAGAGACUUUUACAAAUGAGAUGACAGAAUUUUAAUUGCCACAGACAAAUACACCAAGUUCUAUUUACUUUACAGUGACUUGCUGAUACUUUGCUUAUUUUCAUAUUAAAACAAAAACAAACACAAAACUGCAAAGUUUUAAAGACAAUCUAACAUAAACAGGAAAUUGUAUGAAUUUUUAGUGAUUUUAUAUUUUAACCAAAAAUCAGAUUUUACAGUCAAAUCACCACAACAUGCUGUUCAGUUAUUAGAAAUCAAUGAGCUUGACGUCAUAACUAAUAUUUAAACAAAGAGAUGAUGUGCCUGUCUGAUCUGUACAAUAGGACUAUUUGACCUUAACAAUAAAUGUGUUGCAUGCCUGCUAAUAGAUAAAUUUUAAUAUUCCGAGCUGCUGUCACAGAUUACAGAAGGCAAUAAACAAACGGUGCCAACCAUACAUUAUCCAGCUGCCAAUGUGCCGCACGUUUGUUCAGUCUGGUUACGAAUGCAUAUUUUAGCAAACCCUGGUUUCAGCUAGUAUUUUCUAUUUUCCUCAAAAAGUACCCAGAAAAUUAGACCAUGCCUCUGUUUGUAGUCUUAUUGCAAUCAGCGUGACAUGACAGAAAGUAAACAUACGGGUACAAUUUGUUUAGUUUUAUUUUUUAAAUGUGUCAAUAUAUCAUUUACACUAAAGUGUUUGUGACAACUAAUUAGUGUUAAUAAUAAAUUAUUUUGGAUGUUUUUCAAGGUUUGCGCCUCCAUCUCUUUGCUACACACAAUAAGAUUAGUUCAGUAGUUAUCUGCCUUUUGUUAACAGGGACACAACAGAAUAUGCAUUUUAUUAGCUUUUUUCUUAGAAAUAGUUGCAUAAAUUCUAAAGAAGCACUUUCAUUAGAUUGUCACAUUCGCACCAGGAAAAUCAGAGAUGCUACAAUAAACCAGUUUUUAAUGAGAUGUUGCCUGGGGCCUCACUUAAACUAUUUCAGCAAAUGAAGCCAAGAAAAAGUUAUACACAGGAAGAUCGCUACAAGUGUCAUCUACUAAAAGCCUGAACUACCUGUUCCAAGUAAUGGGGGACCAGUUUUUGGUCCCCACCCAGUGAUUAAGAACCACUUAAUCAGGCAUCCUAGUUCAGUCAAUUUAGCAAGUCAAUAUUCAGUUUCACUUGCUGUUAUGAGAGUAUGUUAAAAGGAACACACAUAAUCCUAGAAUUAUUAAGUCUUAUGGGCUGGGAUGUGUUUACCACAAGGCAUUUGCCUAGGGUGGCACUUUUGGGGGGGAGGGGGCGGUGCCAAAAAAUGCCACCCCAAGCUCCCAGACAAAUGCCUUGUUUGCCUCAUGUUCUGAUGCUGUCCACCAUACUGUGAGUGAGUUUAGCUGUCAGUGUGUGUCUGUGAGCGAAUGAAAGUGUGUGUGUCUUUCAGUGAGAAUGGGUGUGUCUGUGAGUGUCAAUGUGUGUGUGUAUGUAAUUUUAUGUGUAUCUGAGUGUGUGCCUGUCAGUGAGUGGUUGUGUCAAUUUCUUUCUGUCAGUGAAAGUGUGUGUUGGUUAAACAGUGUGUGCCAAUGACUGUAUCUGUCAGUGAGUGUAUAUCAGUGCAUGUAUCAAUGAGGGCAUGUGUCUCAGUCAAAAAAGUGGCCUUGACACAAAUUGCAGGGGCAAAUUUAGAUGUUGGGGGUGCCCGAAUUUAGUCGUGCCUAGGGCAGCACAAAUCCAAAAUACACCACUGCUUAUGGGUCAGCAUAAAAUCCAUGAGAGAUGCACAAACUCUGCAUCUUAAAACUGGUAGGUCCAUAGGCAUCAUCUCGCAAGUCCUUUUUUUUAUAUUUACUAGUUUACUGGUUUUGUAAAAGGGGAUAUAACUUAACCCCUUAAGGACCAAACUUCUGGAAUAAAAGGGAAUCAUGACAUGUCACACAUGUCAUGUGUCCUUAAGGGGUUAAAGGUACACUAUAGACCCCAAAACAACUUUAGCUUAAUGAUGCAGUUUUGAUGUAUAGACCAUGCCCCAGCAGUCUCACUGCCAUUUAUUUGCCAUUUAGGAGUUAAAUUACUUUGUGUAUGCAGCACUUGUCACAACCCCCCCUACAUGUGACUCACACAGCCUCCCUAAACACUUCCUAUAAAGAGUCCUCUAAUGUUUAUACUUAUUUUAUGCUAAUUCUGUUUAAUUUAUCAUUUACUAUCUUCUGCUCUGUUAAUAGCUUGUUAGACCAUACAUGAGCCUCAUGUGUAGUGAAUGCAGAGUGUGUCAGUGUAAUGAAUGUAGUGUGUGUUAGUGCAGUGAAUGCAGAGUGUGUGUAAAUGUGUAGUGAAUGCCGAGUGUGUGUAGUGGAUGCGGAGUGUGUGUUGUGUUAGUGUAUAUUAAAUUAAUUAAAUGUUAUUUCCCUUCUCUCCCCUGUUUCUUACCUGUGUCCAGGGAGGGGGGAGAUUCCAUCCCUGGUGGCAUGGGGGGCCCCCCGGCUCCCUGGUACCGCAGAGGGGGCCCAGGCAGCACACCGCUUCUUCUCUUCUACUCUCUUAUAAUAACUCUCACAAGACACGCAGAGCGUUGCCAUGGUAACCGGGUCUCGCGAGAGUUAUUAGAAGAGAGUAGAAGCUGUGUGCUGGGCCCCCUCUGCAGUAACAGGGAGCUGGGGGCCCGCUGCUGCACACAUAGAUUGCGAUAUUCACUAUCUAUGUGUGCAGAGAAAGAAAGUGGGGCCCGGGACUGCCAAAGCAGUCCGGGCCUCCCAGGACCGCCGAGCCCGUGACAACCAUCAGGGUUGUCACCCCCUGAUGGCGGCCCUGGGGUCAGUGCAAGAGUUUGUGCCAUCCUAGGCAAAGUUAUAUAGUUUGCUGCCCCUUGCUGAGCCCUUUACUGGUCAUUGUAUACAGACAUACCUCGCUUUACAUGCUCACUUUACAUACACUAGCGAAGAAAAGAGCUACCUGCCCGCGCGUGUACUUAAAGGUGCCUUGUGAGUACAGACAUUCCCGCGCCUCUUCUGUCCACGAGUGAACAGUAAAUGGAAGGUUCUAUUCUCGCCCAGAGCAGCUCAGUUCAGUGUCUUUGGGGCAAGAACUUUUCACACCAUCUGCCAUGACACAGGCUAAUCAUAUCAAAUUUAUAAUGUCUACUCCUAGCUGAACAUAUAUAUUUUUGUCUGCCCAUACAUUGUCCAUAUUCUGCAGUCGGCACCAUCCAGUGAAAGGGUUUACCCUGCCAUUUUCUAUACCGAUGACGUAGCAGCUUAGCUGCAUUACCCACAAUUCUGAUUAUUCAAAGUUAAACCAUAAAUGCUGCAUAAAGUGAUGAAGAGGUGUUUCUAAACAAAGUACAAAUAAGCUGCUAACACAAAUUGGCACUGUAUCGACAGAAAAUGGCCCAGUGAGCAGGUUUAUUUUACUUUUCCUCCCAGUUUAAGGUUGUCAGAUAGUAAAACAUUAUAGAUAAAUGGUACAAUCUGGAAUGAGAUUUUUCUUUUUACUUUUUUUUUUUUUUUUAACUGAAUAAAAACCCACUGGAAGUCACUAAAUAAAUCACUGGAAAUCUGCAGUUGCAAUAUCAGUAAUGUCUGUAAAUUACUAUUGCAAGCAAUACAUGCAUUGGAAAGUGAAAAAAGGUAUUGCUUUACUUUAAGUACGUUUUUCUUUUACAUACAUGCUCUGGUACCAUUGUGUACUUAAAAGUGGGGUAUGCCUGUUUGUACACAUACAUUUUAACCUGCUUUCCCUGUACCUUUUCACUCUUCAUACACUCUGUUCCAAAUUAUUAUGCAAAUUCUAUUUAAGUGUCACAAAGAUUAAAUAUUUUGUUUUUCAGUUUAACUCAUGGAUGACAUUGUGUCUCAGGGCUCUUUUGAUCAACAAAUUACAAUUUUCAGUUCUUUACAACCAAUAAAGUGUUUUGAAACUUACUGUGCGAAAUAAUUUGCAACAGUGCAUUGUAAGUUUGUGGUUUUUUUUUUUUUAAAGUUAUCAUUAAGAGGUUUGUUCAAUAAAAUUUGAAUUGUACGCUUAAUAGUUGAUAACAUGAGAAUUAUGAUUGUUAUUUACAUCAAUAAUUUAGGUAAAUGAGAAAAAGAUAAUUUGCAUAAUAAUUUGGAACAGGGUGUAUUUCAUAUUGCACUCACUGAGCCAGACUGCACCCCUUGUCUCUAUCCCCUUCCAUCCCGGUCUCUCUCUCUCCCCCCCCUUCCAUCCCCGUCUCUCUCCUCCCCCUUCCAUCCGGUGUCUCUCUCUCUUCCCCCCUUCCAUCCGGUGUCUCUCUCUCUCCCCCCCCCGGUCUCCUUGUCUCUUCUCCCCCACCCGGUCUCUCUUGUCCCUCCCCACUUCCCGGUCUCUCUUGUCCCUCCCUCCCCCACUUCCCGGUCUCUUGUCCCUCCCCACUUCCGGUCUCUUGUCCCUCCCCCCACUUCCCGGUCUCUCUUCUUCACCCUCCCCCCCAUUGUCUCUUCAUUGUGAUGAAGUAGUCUGGAUGACUGUAGAUGUCCUUUUAAGGAAUACAAUACCAUUAAAUUUUAAAUUAUAUUAAUCUCCAUGGGGUGAUUUUUGGUCUUUAAAUUUUAAUGAGAUGUAUAGACAAACAUGCACAGAACUCUCCCCCCCCCCACAUAAAAAACCCCAAAACUUUUUCUAAUGCUACUGUAGCCAGAACAUACACACAUGAUUUAACAAACCAGGCUUCAAAAGGCUGUCAUUACACACACACUUAGGAAUGGUGAAUUGACGAACAGCUAUUUAUAUCAUAAUCCACAUUGUUGUGUUCCACAUCACACCUUGGUUUAGUCACAUGUUAUAAAUGACACAUUACGUAAGCACAUUAUGUUUUCUUUAAACUCGUUCACCCUGGCUGUCACCAUAAUGCACACUUUCUUUUUAAAUCUCACACCUUGAUGACGGAAAAUAAAGUGUAAAGUGUUAUUGAUUACUAAAUCAAUAAAUAAGAUUAACAUUAAUGUGUCAAGCUGUUCAUACAAACGUUGAAACACUGAACUGAGAUACAUGGCUAUUUAACUGUUCUAUUUUUAGUGACAUUUUUGUAUUUUAUGAAGAUAAUUUAUGCAUGUUGCAAGAGGGGAGGGGGGAAUUCAGCCCCGAAAUGUGGGACUUUAGCUCCGAAAUGUGGAACUUCAUAGUCCUGAAUCUUUUUGGCCCCACAGAUAGCCAGGAGCCCACAAGUGUCAGGAGCUUCUGAAGCUUUAGGAGCAAACUAGCAGACCGAGCAACACAGAGCAGUAUAAAACGAGCCCCUGUGGUGCCAGUGAGAUUUGGGCAACACGGUUUAGAGACACAGGAAAUGUGAUAUCAUAUCCCCUUGCCUCUAUCACUAUGCUGCUUUCAGUCCCAUGCAGAAACAUGUCUGCUACCCAAGCCACAAAUGAGGUUUGCAAGGAAAUAUUUAAACACACACAGUAUUGUCGUUGUUUUUGUUUUUAUGUUUACAGUGUAUCCGUGCAUGUGCCUCUAUGUCUCUUUGUGUUUCUAUCUGUGAAUGUGUUUCUGUAUCAGUACACGUCUGUUUAUUUGUGUGCCUUUCUGUGUCAGAACAUGACCUUCUAUGUACACCUGUGUAAACCUGAGUGUGCUUGUGCGUAUCUGUGUUCCUGUGUAUCCUAACUUCCCUCAUUUAAUUUGCUUCAGGGGCAUAACGUGGGGUUGGUCACUUGUCAGACUCCAUAAGGGAACUAUAUGCUCCUCUCCUCCCCUCCGUUCUAUGUAGGAGUGCCAGGUGUCACAUGUAAGAGCGCGCUGUCAGCGAGAAGCCAUCCUCCUUUCCCUGCUCUAACAGGUAGGCAGGGAGGGUGGCCAUAAGUGUGAGCAGAGCCGGUGCUACCUAGGCCGCUUGCUCUGUGAAGGAAGCAGAGGUGGACACUUGGAUAGGGGGUGUCAUGGAGGGCAGGGGCACAUGGGAAGUGACGCAUGGGGAGAGAGAGACAUGGAUGGUAGGGGGACAUGGAUGAGAGGAGGACAUGGGAAGGAGAGAGACUUGGAGUGGGACAUGGGGGAGAUAUUGAUGGGGGAAAGAUAUGAAUGAAAUGGGGGGGGGGAAUGGAUGGAAGGGAGGAGAGACAUGGAAGAGGAACACAGAGAUGCGAUUUGGGGAGCGAUAUGGAUGACCAAGCAUGUCAAACUCGCGGCCUGCCUGCGGCCCACAAUAAACGUCUUUGUGGCCCGGCUAGCUGCGAGUGCAUGCUUGGUGUUAAAGCAGAGUAGGCACCCGCUGUCUCCACAUUGCAGGUAUAAUUUACCCGGCCGUAGAGGAAGCAGGAUGCUGGCGGCAGCAAGGGAGCUCAGUCUUCCUGCUCCCUCGAGCGCCAUCUGUAGUGAUGCCAGGUGCCGGAAUAUGACUUCACUUUGCGUGAGGAAGCAGUAAGGAUAUCUUCAGAUAGAAGAUACCAACUUUACCCCAGGGAAUGAUGUGAGUGUGUGCAAGAAUGUGUGUCUGUCAGUGUUUGUGUAUCUGAGUAUGUGUUUUUUCGGUCAGUGUUGCAAUAGCCACGGCUGGACAGUGGAGUACCUGGAGGUGCACGGAGGCACGCAACGCCACAUCACAUUGCGAGGUCGCUUCAACGUGCUCCACCUUCAUAGGGUUUCAAGAAGUAGUGGCAGGAUCCGCUUUGGCACAGGGUGCAGAUGGCGCCAUUUGGGGUAUACCAGAGGCCGGACUCCGGAGUUGCAUACUGGCAGCGGCAAUGUGAGUGGAGUCUGCUUGUUGGCUAGAUGGGGGGGGAGGGAUGCUGGGAUUUAGUAGAGGGGAGGGUGCUGGGAUUUAGCAGAGGGGGUGCGUUGUUUUUUUUUUUUUUUAUACUGUACUUUGCAAAAUAAACAUGUUUCUAUGACAAUGUAAGUGUUUGGUUUUUUUUUUGGUUUUUCGGCCCACAUAAACUUAAACCUUGUUUCUAUGGCCUGUGCUAGACUUUGAGUUUGACAUGUUUGCUCUAGACAGUGGCAUUACUACUGAGAGAAAUUAAAGGUUUUAGAUAGAUGAUAUGUAUGUACCCAGAUUACAUGUGUGAAAAUGAAACCAUUAAUUUUAGUUUGUUUUGCUCUGGGAUUCACCAACUUUCAUACCGGUCACAGGCAACACAGAUCACCAGUUACAUUAUUCUAUCUACUCAUUUUAUUACUAAGAAACACAGUAGCACCGUACACAGCCAGCCCAAAACCAUCACAAACAUGAGCAGUCCCCAUCACACAUUGACAGCACAAAAUUAUCACACACUUUCUCAUCAAACAGAGCCAGCCCAGUGCUAACAUAAGGUUUCCUUCACAUGUGCACAGCCCAAUAUCAUCCCACACAAACUAUUCCUAUCCCACACAGACAACAUGCAGUCCCCAUUACACUCAGACAGCCAAAUAUAUCACACACCAACUGUAACCAUUACACUCAGACAGGCCAAUCCACAGUCCCCAUUACACCCAGACACCCCAGUACAUCACAUUCAGUCCCCAAUACACUCAUACAGUCAAAUAUAUCACACACAAACUGUAACCAUUUCACUCCGAGAGCCCAAUAUGCAGUCCCCAUUGCACCAAGAUACCCCGGUACAUCACAUGCAGUUCUCUCUAUACUCAGACAGCCUGAGUUCAACAGUCACAACCAAGGUAUUUGUUAGUUAUAAAAAAAAAAUGACACCAGUAAAGACUCCAGCUUGUAAUAUGGUGCAGAGUCAGUGCCCUGGGGCAGCUGUGUGAUGUGGCCUUUAAGAAUUUAGCUGUGGCAGGAUGCAGAUGCGUCACCAAGUGUGUGAGAGCACUCUCGCAGCCAAUGUAAUGUUGUCUUUGUUGCCACUGGUAAUAUCAUCCGGCAUCUUUUCUCUCCUGCUUGGUGCGUGCAAGAGGCUGUUUGAAGUCCUGUACGUGCAAUAUAAAUGCCUGGGUAAAUCCUGGGUGCUGGAGCAAAUACCAUGAGAACAAUCUUGGUGUUGGGGAAAGUCCUGGGUGCUGGGGUGGGUACUGGGACAAGUCAUGUGAGUGCAAUCUCAGUGCUUGGGUAAGUCCUGGUUGCUGUAGCAAGUCCUGAGAGUGCAAUCUGUGUGCUCGGGUAAAUCAAUCUAUGCCCCCACUAUAUACAAAGGGUUAUGUCUCACACACUGCUCUGAUAUAUACCAAUGCACAGGGCGAUUCAAAUAACCUUGUGUACAUACUGGGGCCUAUAUAUUGCCCUGUGCAUGGGGUAUAUAUCAGGGCAAUGUGUGCGGUAUCACCUUGUGUAAAUACUGGUGAUAUAUAUUGCCCUGGGAAGGGGUAUAUAUCAGUCAUCUAUAAAUAAUAAUACUCUUCAAAUGUACUUUCAAAUGCAUGGAUACCCUUUUGUGAACAAGAAUUUAAUGUUAUAAGAUAGGGCUGGUAUAAUGACGCAAUGCUAUGGGCCUGCGUUUAUUUCCAGAGUUGGAUUUUAUCCCCAGUCCGGAACUGAUAUGGUGUGAUGUCCCUAUGUUAUGCUUGUAAAAAGGCAUGCUUUACCUAUGGUGUACUUGCAAUAAGGUGUAAUGGCCUGUGUUAUGCUUGUCAUAAGGUGUUAAACCUCAGGAACUUUUUAUUUCCCUUUAUUCACUUUUUUAUGGUACAGGGAGGACGAGGAAACAAAAUAUAAUGCUAGAUCUAUUUCUUUAGCUUCCCUUUACAUGGUGGAAAACUUUGAUCUAAAAAAAUAGUUUUUGUUUUUUCAUAAUGGGGUGCUGGAAUCCCUGGGUACGCCUCUGUUUGCUUGUGGAAUUUAAAGUCCUUUUCUAGAGAAUAAAAUGUCCUUUUUACCCCUAAAGGACCAAACAUCUGGAAUAAAAGAAAUCAUGACAUGUCACACAUGUCAUGUGUCCUUAAGGGGUUAAAUAUGCAUGUUUCUACAUGCAAAUACAAAACUUACCUUUUGUAGGUUUUCUGGUAGAAGUAUAAAAAUAGUAUUUGGUGGUCUGUACAAAGACUUCUCAUAUCUCUAUCAUGAAAGAAACAAGGCAAUGUAACACAACUUCCUUUAUUACAGAUUCAAAUUUUUAUUUCAGUAUUCUAUGUUCCCUUUUCUAGUUCUGAGUACAGAACUAGAUUGUAAGGUGAGCAGUGGAUUUAUUUAUCUGAUUAUCUUAAAAUUUUCCAUUACAAUUUUUUAUUUACAUUAAUUUUGCUCUACAACUCAGUAGUUUAAUAGCUUUAUUUACAUUCUACCAUAUAACUACAACAUUUAGAGGUUGGAGUGUUGAAGCCUAAUAGGCCACCUUUGCCCAUUAUUUUCCACCUGUAAGCCAGCAGUAAAAGGGUCUCCUCACUACAGUUCCACUCCUUCGACCAGAGACCAUUAGAACUUAUAACCUCCUGGCAAAUCCGAUUCUAUGCCUGCAAUGCUUCUCUCAGACAAGCAUUGAAUUUAAUAUUUCUUAAUGAGAAGCAUAUUGUAGUCUUCUACUUGCAGCACAAAGUGGUUAGGAAGAUCUCAAAAUAUGCACUUUUAACACUUUUAGUUCACAUAAUUGUAUUUAUUAUUGGUCUCAGAAGGUUGGUUCUAAGUUGAUCUUGCCAACAAUCAAACCUAUGACUCCAAAAUCACAGCUCAAAAGACAUUUACUGAACUCUCUUGCCUAUUAUUUUUAUGUAUGUAUUUACUUAUUUUAAACAGGGAAGCGGAAACCCUACUGUCACAUAAUGUUCCAGGAAGUUUUCUCAUCAGAGUUGGUGAAAGUCGUAUUGGAUACAGCCUAUCUUAUAGGUAUGGUUAUAUAAAUGUUAGUGUCUUUAGAAAUCUCUGCACUCUGUCUUAAUUAAGCUGAUUAUAAACUGUUUGCUACCAAGAAAUUUGCCAAAAUAUUGACUACCAGAAGCUUGCGUGCACUAUAUAGUAUAUUUAAUGGGGAAAAAAUGGACCGGAAACUAUCUCAGAUAUUCUUUAUAGAACAAUCAUAUUAAAGAAAAGAAAUUUAAAGAACGUUUAUGAAUGUCACAAGAACAGCUCUGAAACUGGACAAAAGGGUUACUAAUCCUUAUAAGUAAUAAACAAAACAAUAUUAGUAUAAUGAAAAUGACCAGGAGCUAAUUAACCUCAUAUAAAUAAAACAAGAGACGGCAGUAUUAGUACAAUUAUAAAAAUUAAAUAGGAAGUCACAAAAUAAGAAACAAGUCCACAAUAUAUAUAGCAUAAGUGUCACUCCCCCUUUCACAAGCAUGAAGAGUGACACACGUGUGUUAUAUAUUUUGGACAGACAAAACUGGAUAUUAAAAACACAGUCUACAAAAACAUAAGGGGUUAUCAAUAAUGUCAUCCCAUCCCGUGAACUUUCAACUUGAGGUAAUAAAAAAAAACAAAUGUAUUAGAAACUGGUGUUCGAAGUUAAAAGAAUCUAUGAUGUUUACAUUGAUCGCUAUAGGUUCAUUGAGACACUCUAGGUUUAGUAGUGAUAUAUUGAGUAUUCUUUUAACUUGAAUAUUUGUUACAUUUAUGUGUCUUUGUAAAUUAAGUUGUUCCUGAGUGCCAAGCUUAAUAUCCCACUGACCAUGACUGAAAUGGGAUUUGUAAGAUAUGCUGGACACUCCCAGAGGAGUACUAGACGUUGGUUUUGAGGUCUAGGCUAAUUCCUGAUAUGGAUAGGGCAGCAUCUAUUUAUUUAUUACAAUUUUUUAAAUCGUUUAACUUUUACAUAUAUUAAGAUGAUGAUGGGCUCUAGAAUGGAGAGCACCAUUAUUGACCCAGCAUGCAAUGUAAUGUCAUCAUAUACAUGCCAAAUAGAUUUCUAGUCUUCAAAGAAUAUGUCCAAGCUCACAUACCUUCUACUCAUAUAGUUACUUUCUUCAACAUGGUAAUUUCCAGACGCAACUCCCCCAAUGUGCAAUUCUUACACCUCAAUGAUCGACUGUAUUCCAAAGUACAAAUAUCAUGGUUACCUAACACUUACGUGCUUUAGAAUGAAUUACGUUGAAGACUUUAUAUCUGACACAAUCAUUUAUAUAUUUCAUCUUUAUUUUUUUAAUUUAGAACCGAGGAUCACUACAGGCAUUUCAUGAUCGAUGUAACAGAAGGACACAAAUGCCAUAUUUCAGGAGACACAACAAUUCACAAAUCGCUGGAAGAUUUAGUAACGUGUCACAUGCAUUAUCCUAUUUUACCAUACAAUGAAAUUUUGUUCCACCCAUGUGGACAGGUACUGUAUGUCUCAUAUUUGUAUGUAACAUACUAUUACAGUUAUAAUAAUCAAAUGUGCAAGUGCCUUUGACACCGAUAAUCAUGUUCUCCUUCUCCAAACUCUUCAAUCACUCAGUCUCUGUGACUCUGUCCUCUCAUGGUUUUCCUCUUAUCUCUCACAAUGCUCAUUUAGUGUCUCCUUUACUAAUGAUACCUCCUCUCCUCGUCCUGACUUGGUUGGAGUCCCCCAAGGCUCUGUCCUUGGACCCCUUCUGUUUUAUCAUUAUACUGCCUCUCUUGGCAAACUUAUUACCUCUUUUGGAUUCCACUACCACCUGUACACUGAUGACACCCAGAAAUAUCUCUCCUCCCCGGACCUCUCCCCUGCUGUCCUGCAACGUGUCACUGCUUGCCUCUCUUCCAUCUCUGACUGGAUGUCCUCCCGCUUUCUGAAACUCAAUCUUUAAAAACUGAGCUCCUUGUCUUUCCUCCUCCUAAUACUGAUCCUCCUCUUUCACUCUUCCUUCAAGUUAGUGGUAUUCACAUAAGUCUAUCCUUGCAAGCGCGCUGUCUUGGCAUAAUACUUUAUUCUGGACUCGCCUGUGAGCCUCACAUCCAGUAUGUUGCCAAAUCCUGUAGAUUUCAUCUUAAAAACAUAGCCCGCAUCCGCCCCUUUCUUACACAAGAAGCUACAAAGGAGCUUGUCCAUGCUCUUGUAAUUUCCUGCAUGGAUUCUUGUAACCCUCUCCUGAUUGGCCUUCCCAAAAGCCUUACUGCACCGCUACAGUCCGUAAUGAGUUUCCUCUCUAGUCGGUUCUUGUACACCUCACCCCUCUGCUAGUCCUUAUAUUGGCUUCCUGUAUCCUUUAGGAGAUAAUUCAAGCUACUAAUUCACACCUAUAAAGCACUGAACAAUUGUAGCCCCUCUUAUAUCUCCUCACAGAUCCAUAGGUAUGUCCCUUCUCGGUCUCUCCACUCUGCCCGUGACCACCUCCUGUCCGUUGUUCGCACCCGUGCAGCCAACUCACGCUUGCAGGGCUUCUCGCGGGCAGCUCCCUUCCUAUGGAAUAGCCUGCCUACUGCCAUCAGACUCUCUCCUAGUCUUGCAUCUUUUAAGAAGUGUCUUAAAACCCAUCUCUUUAGGAAAGCUUAUGGCCUCCCAGAAUAACCUCUACCUUACAUACCUGUCUCUUGCUCUCUUCUAAAGGGCAGCACUCUACUCUCUCCUCCAGCUCUGCCUCACACCCAUCUUAUUUGAUUGCGAAUUCCUAUCCUAUUGUGUUUUACACCCCUCCUCCUAUAGAAUGUAAGUUCAUUUGAGCAGGGUCCUCUUCAACCUAUCGUUCCUGUAAGUUGUCUUUUAAGUGUCCUAUUUAUAGUUAAAUCCCCCCUCUGAUAAUAUUGUUAAGCGCUACGGAAUCUGUUGGCGCUAUAUAAAUGGCAAUAAUAAUAAUAAAGAAACUGGAGCUGUAUCCACUAAACUGUCUCAUGGUAUAACAGGAACAAAGUUUGAUAACAAUAAUUUAGCAUUAACCUAUAACUGUACAGUAGAUGUGUAAAUAUGUAUUUAGGGUUUCUGUCAAUGCACCCUUUACACAUGGUACUUAAUUAACUAUGCAUACUCCAUGCACAGUUCUGCUUUAUACCCCCUACCCCAAUUUGCUCACAAGUAAUUUCUUUAGUCAUCUAAGCCUUAUUGUAGAUAAUUAAACAGGUUUUCUUUGAAAAAUCUGUAAGAGAGUUAAAAGAACACUUUAACGUUAGGAAUACAAAAGUGUAUUUGUAAAGGUAUAGUGCCCUGGUGGCUGUUCAGGUCCCGGGACCUCACCUGCAUGAAGAAAAAAAUGUUGUUUACUCAACUUUUCUCCCUCCAGUGCCUUGACUGAGAUCAUAGAUGAUCUCGCCAAUCCAGUGCUUUCCCAUAGGCGACAAAACUCUGAGCUUCUAGUUCAUCAGAAUCUCCCCUACUGACUGUCUGCAUUUAAAUCCUGCAAUAAAAACUAGAGCUGCAGGGUUAAAACGCGAGGACAUGGCACCCAGACACUUCAUUGAGAUGAAGGGGUUUGGGUGCUUAUUGUGUCCUUUUAAGUAUGGCAUACUGCUAAAUAUUGUGCAAUUAUGUGAGACAGUUUUGGGAUCCUUUCUAAUUCUAUGCACAGUUGCGUAGUGUUGACGUUUAAUAUUGGGUUUGAUUUAAGAUCUCACAAUAACAUUUAGAUAAAACUGAUUAAAUGGAAACCUACGUGAACAAAUAUUAAAAGUACGUAUGUAAUUUGUUAAGAAAGUUAUAUAACGCACAACAUAUGUGUGAAAGUGUAUCAGCUAUGAUUUAAAUACUGGCUGCUGGACAAUUAUAGUUGCACAGACUGCACCCAAACGUUAUACAUAGCUAAUCAGUGUCUCGGAAUUCUAAGACACUCCUCAAUGCUGAACUGCUUUAAGUCCAGUGAUUUGUAACUAUUUCUAAGUGUGUUUUGGCUCAUUUCUGACUGAUUCCACAACAUUUCAUUUCAACAAGGCAGGCUUACAUUUCUGGGCCCUUAUCCCUUUUCCCGAAUGGACCCCUCAGUCAGGUAUUUUAUAAAGCUAAGCACUGUCCUCCAAUUUUGUCUUGGAAAUUUUCAUGAGUAAACCUCCUGCCUGGACCAUACGUGAUCUUUGGCAGCCUCUUUUGGCCCAGGGGUUAGACAGGGGCUUGGAACAAUCCUUCUCUGACUGAACUGGAUGAGAAUACAAAACUGCAUGGCAGAGUUCUAAAAUUUUAAUUAAACAUUUGUUUUUCUACAAUUACAGAAAACAAACUCAACAACUGAUUACCAUGAACUGUUUGAGCACAGGAAAAGUGAAAUUGCAAGCUUACAAAAUCGCACUAAUGGUAUGCAAGUGAAACCUCUGUUACCAGUAAAAAAAAAAUCUGGACUUCAUGGGAUAGCGACUAGAAAUUCACCAGGGACUAAUACUGAAAACAUGUGUCCACCUUUGCCACCCAGGAGAAAUAAAUCUGUGGACUGCAUUCCACAAGCACCUAACAUACAAGCUCUUCCGCCUCAGGCUGUAAUGAGACUCUACCCGUGUUUACCCCAGGAAAUUCCUUUUGUUCCAAAUGGCUUUGUAAGUGUAUUUAUGUAACAUGCUUGUAAAUUGUUGAAAGAAGUUUUGUGGCAUUAAUAAUUGAGUAUAAUGUCUAAACAAUGUAGUUAUUCACUAAACCAGAAAUAGAGAAUUGCCAUUAUGAUUAAACUAUGGUGAAAUAGAAUAAUAGCUAAUUCUGGUCAGUUCUUGGUUAAGUGUAUAAACCCACAUGUUUUUUGUAUGCACAUUUAUAGCUUGAAAAGAUGUUAAAGUUGCACCUCAAAUCAAAUGUCCAAAAUAUAUACAGUCAGCAUAGGCGUCCGCAGGAAUUUUUCCAAGGGGAGGGCAUAAUUGUAAUGACAUCCAUGCUUGGUCCCUUUUUGACAGUGUCAAGAAAGGGAAAGGGCAUAGUCAUUAUCACAUAAAGCCAGGGUGAAUAGCGUUUUUACAACUAUGGUGUCAGGAAUACGUUUGUAUUCCUGUCACUCUAGUGUUCCUUUAAGCAAAUUAAAGGAACAUUCUGGUCACCAUAACAACUUCAUCUAAAUGAAAAUGCUAUGAUGCCAGGAGGACAAUGGGCGCUCUCUUUCUUUUAAGGGCUUAAACUUCUCUCAAAUGGUUUAACCCCAAAGGCUUCCUCCAGCUCCAGAUUUCCAGGUCGCUCAGUGGUAUCCAGCUUCAGAAAUGGAGUGUCGGGAAGUGCAGAUUGACGUUAGACAUCGGUGCUGCAGAUUGGCUAGAGUGGUCAGUUGACGCUCUAAGCCAAUCGCUAGUUCCCGGUUCAUACAAAUGUUUUACUUUUUUUAUGAAUGGGGAGCUACUGAUUGGCUUAGAGUGCCAGCUGACUGCUCAAGCCAAUCAGCAACACCCAUACCCAGUGGCACUCUGUGCUUCCUGACACUCAAUAAAUAAAAGUGAACACAUUAACACUGAUUAUUUAUUUUUAUUUAUUUAUUUUUACCUGAGGAGAUGAGAAGGUCCAAAGUUUCCCUGCCAGGCACAGGUACCAAAGCCUUCUGAUGUGGUGUCUAGAAUAAAGUAGAGGGUUCACUUCACUUGUCCUUUCUGCUUCAAUCUCCUUUUCUUCUCCUUCAUUUGACAGUCUUCUGUAGGAUGCCCCUCCCAUCCCUCACUUACCUGAUCUAUAGGCUGCUCCCCAUGCCUCACUUCCCUGAUCUAUAGGCUGCUCCCCAUGCCUCACUUCCCUGAUCUAUAGGCUGCUCCCCAUGCCUCACUUCCCUGAUCUAUAGGCUGCUCCCCAUGCCUCACUUACCUGUGCUAUAGGCUGCUCCCCCAUGUCUCACUUCCCUGAUCUAUGGGCUGCCGCCCCAUGCCUCACUUACCUGUGCUAUAGGCUGCUCCCCAUGCCUCACUUCCCUGAUCUAUAGGCUGCUCCCCAUGCCUCACUUACCUGUGCUAUAGGCUGCUCCCCCAUGUCUCACUUCCCUGAUCUAUAGGCUGCUCCCCAUGUCUCACUUCCCUGAUCUAUAGGCUGCCCCCAUGUCUCACUUCCCUGAUCUAUAGGCUGCCCCCCAUGCCUCACUUCCUGAUCUAUAGGCUGCCCCCCCCAAUGCCUCACUUACCUGAUUUGUAUGCUGGCUGCAUGUGCUGCUCCCCUGCGGAUUCAGAAAGAAGGAGGGAUUAGAUGCAGCUUCCUAUCCCCUCUCUACAUACACAGCCUACUGGCCGGCGCGGUACUGCACCGUACUUUCAAUUCCCUGAAAAAUAGCAGAACCAGCUGAAAAAUCCAGGGGGGGGCAAAUGCCCCCUCUUGCCCCCCCUCCCCCCCCAUGCGGACACCCAUGCAUGUGAGUUUACAGAGGAAAGAGGUUCUAUUUCAACUGUCAAAAGUAAAGACAAAUAAGUCAAUGGGACCUGAUGGAAUACACGCAAAGUUAUUAAAAGAGCUUAGUGGUGUACUAGCAAAACCAUUAACAGAUUUACUUAACCAAUCAUUGUUAACAGGAGUAGUCUCAGAAGAUUGGAAGUUAGCGAAUGUUGUGCCCAUUAACAAGAAAAGUAGUAGGGAGGAGUUGGGCAACUAUAGGCCAGUAAGCCUUACUUCAGUAGUGGGGAAAGUAAUGGAAACCAUGUUAAAGGAUAGGAUUGUUAAACAUCUAAAAACACAUGGAUUUCAAGAUCAGAGGCAACAUGGGUUUACUUCAGGGAGGUCAUGCCAAACUAAUCUUAUUGAUUUUUUUUUUUUUUUUGGAUUGGGUAACUAAAUUAAUAGAUCAGGGUAAUGCAGAAGACAUUGCUUACCUAGAUCUAUAGGCUUUCUCUCCUCCCCACCCCCCAAAUCCCUCACUUACCUGAUCUAUAGGCUGUCUUCCCCCCCAUCCCUCACCUAAUCUAGAGGCUGUCUCUCCCCGCUCCCCUCACUUCCCUGAUCUAUAGGCUGCCCCUCAUGCCUCAAUUCCCUGAUCUAUAGGCUGCCCCUCAUGCCUCACUUCCCUGAUCUGUAGGCUGUCCCCCUCCCCAUGCCUCACUUCCCUGAUCUGUAGGCUGCCCCCCCAUGCCUCACUUCCCCAUCUGGCUGCCCCCCAUGCCUCACUUCCUGAUCUGUAGGCUGCCCCCCAUGCCUCACUUCCCUGAUCUGUAGGCUGUCCCCCCCAUGCCUCACUUCUGAUCUGUAGGCUGCCCCCCAUGCCUCACUUCCCUGAUCUGUACUUCCCUGAUCUGUAGGCUGUCCCCCUUUCCCCCCCAUGCCUCACUUCCCUGAUCUGUAGGCUAAAGAGAGAAAUGGAGUUACUAGAGGGAGGGAAAGUGGGGUUACUAGAGGGAGAGAGAAGUGGGUCUGGUAAUCAGUGAUAAGAGUAGGUAGGGGAAUUAUUGCAAUUGGAAGAUUUGAAGUGACAAAAAAGAGAACUCAUACAGUUAUGUCCAUUAAAAGGCAUACUCUAAAGGCAUACUCUAAGCACAACAGUUUGUAGUUGCUGUGGAUCUUAGAUUAGCUCCCUCUGAAUUCACCCACACUGUUUUACCUUAAAAACACACCACUGCAUUAAAGGGAAACUAUAGUGCCAGGAAAACAAACUUGUUUUACUGGCACUAUAGCUUCCCCCUCUGUCAAGGCUCCCCCCUGUGGUGCAGAAAGGGUUAAUAACUACUUCUGGCACUUACCUGGAUCCCUCGGCGCUGUCUCUGCUCUACCCAGCUUCGCCCACACUCCUGUGUGUGUGUGUGUGUGUGUGUGUGUGUGUGUGUCUCUCUCUCUCUCUCUCUCUCUCAACAGGUAACAUACAUCUGAUCGAUGUUUCGACCUCUUCAGGUCUUCCUCAAGAUCUUGAAGAAGACCUGAAGAGGUCGAAACGUCAAUCAGAUGUAUGUUACCUGUUAUUAAAUAAUAUCGAGUUUUGUUUUUUUUCUACAAAGACCUGAGAGUGCAUCUCUUUCCUUUUUUCUUUACAUAUCCAGCGUGGGAUUGCACCAAGGCAGUCUUUUACUGAUUCAUUGAAAGGGUGAGUGCCACUAUACGUGUGUGUGUGUGUGUGUGUAUGUAUAUAUAUGCAGCAUGUGUGUUUGUGCAUUAGGGUGUGCACCCUAAUGCAAUAGGCUGUGCACGCCUAUAACAGUCAGUGCCGACAUAUGAAAGCUACAAUAGAGACAAUAUAAAAGAGGCAAAUAGUGUAGUAUUUUUCAAUCAAAAAAAUACUGCACUAUUUGCCCUCUAUAUUUUUUUGUAAUCUCUCAUGUCUAUUAUAUAUCAGUACAAACUAUACAUAUUUUGAAUGUUUGAUUUGAGGCUCCAUUUCCAAAAUCUUUUUAAGCUAUACAUUUCGCUAGCUCAGGAAGAGAGACUAUUUUGUUGUCAUUAUAUCCACACGGUUUUGUCUCCUCAUUUGACCAUUUAUAUGUUUUACCUCUUGAGGUAUGUAUGUACAUGUCUGUAUUUUAUGGUUUGUCAGCAGAUCAUAUUAGUUUUCUAAUAUUUGAGACUCUUCUAUACAGCCACAUAAACUAUAAAGAGUGUUACAAGACCCAUUUAUUUGUUUUCUUAAGGUCUCACUUGCACUAUACCUCCUAACAGUAUCAUAUUUUGCAAGAAAGUCUCCAGUCUCCGUUAUUUCAGUUCUACUACCUGUUGAUCCAUUUCUAGGGAAACAAGAGAUGUACCCAAUAUGCACAUCAUUAGAUGUGCUGCACAAAUCAAACUCAGGGCACUUAGCCAAUAUGUGAGUGCUUCAACAUCACUCUCUGCAUGGGAUUUCCAGAGUUUAGCUAGUUAGUGAGGCUGACACUCCACUUUUUGAGGACCACCUUUUCAUGUUGGACAUCAUUAACAUGCCCCCUCUUGGCCCAUACUGCAUUUUUUACUGACAUUAUAUGUCUAUUAUUUGCUAACUUCUUUUGGUAUAUUUCUUGCAGGUCCCGAUUUUGACAAAUGAACAAGUCCAUGCUAGCACAUCAAACAAUGGUCAAUCAAGGUUCCCUCCGAACCCCAGUGCAGUAACAGGUUUUACAACAUCAGCAGCAAUCAGUACACCUCAAUACAACGGGAGUGAAGCCAUUGCCACCCAGAGCGCAAACCAGUCAAUAGCAACACGCAUUAAACAAUUAAAUUUUGGACAUAUAAUGCCUAUGGGACAACUAAAACCUCAAAAUAACGCAGAGAAAAUCAUUCCUGAGGAGUAUAAACCACCUCCCCCAUUCGCUCCAGGAUUUUAGUAAACUAUCAAUGCUGCUAAAUUAUGGAAAGAUUGUAGAACCCAUGAGAUAAGUUUAUAUUUAUACUACAGGGCUGUUAAAUGCUUCAAUCUGAUUGGUUGACGAACGUUCUAAGGUGUGCAUUAUUUUCAGGGAGACGCACGGCUAAAGUAGUUCCAGACAGGUGUUGACAGUUGCGUAAGAAAUUAGUCCUACAUACAAGAGUGUUUUAAUGACAAAAACUUGAUUAACAUCUUGAAAUACAUCAUCUGAACUGGUGGUGUGGUAACUGUAGUAUAACUUCAGGCCGUUGAAUUAUUAGAAAAAUAAUGCACACCCGAGGUGGUAAUGCGGUCACUCCGAUUCGGGUCGUGACCGCAUUACCUCCUCGGGUGUGCAUUAUUUUUCUAAUAAUUCAAUGCCCUGUCGUCAAUUAUUCCUUAUGUAUUGCAUGCAGACAUACAUCAUUAUUCACUGUGAUAUCAAGGAUAAGUGAAGAUCAAACAUUUCAAUUCACAUCCUUGGGCUGGGAUCAUUAAAGGAACUCUUGUCAGCUAUUGUAAUGUCGCAUUUGUAAGCAGAGCGUACAGCAUUUCAUUGCAGAAAAUAAACAGAAGAAUGCCAUUUUCAUAGACUGCACAAUGUUUAACUGACAUAUAGCACGGCCUUAGCGUAUUACAUUACACAUUUCACAUGUGCCAUCCAACUACAUUAACUGUAGCAAUUUUCCACAGUGUUGGAAGGUAUAUGAAAAGUGCUGCCUAACAGGUUUUACAAUUCACAAGCUACCAGAGGGAGGAAAUCAGAGAAUUAGUUAAUAACUAUUGUUGGUUAUCACAGUUGAUUAUCUUUAGCAAUUGCUAUAGGAUCAAUUCCCAGGUCAAAUAAUUGAUUUCCUCUGACAGUUUAAGAAUUUCCUCAUAUCAAUGAGUAGCAAGGGCGUUGACACAGGGAAGGUUAGUGCCCCAAAUAUGGGGCCUGGAUCUUUCUUUCACCUAUCUGCAGGGCCGGUGGUGCUACCUCAACAUACACACGUCGGCCCUAAAGAGGGGUGCCUUUAUGGGAUGGUUGGGAGAUCAAAGACAUACACACUCUCUCUGCAACCCUAGACAUACAUACUAAACCACAAACACAAAAAAACAAAUCUAUUUACACAUUGCUUUAAGAUUUGUCUAUCUGUUGGUACCUGUUGUGUUCCUCUCUGUUGAUGUGCAUGCCUGUUUGUGUCUGUUUCUGCCAGUAUGUGUAUCUGUGUGCCUGCAAGUAAAUGUGAGUGCGCCAUGAGGCAUGUUAAGUGAUGGAAUUGGGAAGGGCCAGGGGUAGUGUUUGCAGAGGGGCCUGGCGUGGAGCUUUAGAAAGAGUUCACCAAUUAUUUUGGGGUGGCUCCAGGGCCAGAUUAACAGCCCAGUGGGCCUCGUGCUGACAAUUAUGAGGGGCCUAAUUAAAGAAUCAUAUCGACCAAAAACACUCCCAAGCGUCAUGUAUCUGAUGGAGAUGGUGCUGGAGAGAAAGAAAACAGCAGCUAUAAGGAAACACAUACCCUAUGCUAAUCUCCCUCUAAUUUAUGUUUUCAUCUUUCAAGUAAACCCAUAACCCCUAACAGCAGUGUCCAGUCAAGCAGGAAGUCAAUGGGCACGGUAAAAGGGUGUGCCACUGACACAAAUCACGUAACCUGCUAAAAGGGCGAACAUGCCCUAAAAGAGGACAUGUCUGCCCAAAGAAUUAGAAGGCCAGCCUGGCAUGAAUGCAUGUCAGACUGCCUGCCAAUCAUUCAGCUGGCCAACUAAGGGCAUACUAUGCAGACAGCACCCUGAGCUUGGCAUAAAUGCAUCUAAUGAUGCGCUCGCUCAACGCUUUCUAAGGACUGUCCUCUAGCACUCGCCGGUCCACUUGUCUCCUUACCUUUUUACUAGCAGGCAGAUGCUCCUGGUAUAUAUCCUGGGACAGAGAAAAGCUGUAUGUAGUGAGUGUAGAAGAAAGGGAACAUGCCACAGUGUUAGAGAGACCAAAGUCAGCAUUACCUUAAAGGAUCACUAUAGAGUCAGGAACACAAACAUGAAUUCCUGACCCUAUAGUGUUAACACCACCAUCUAACCCCCCUGGGCCCCUCAUGCCUCCAUAAAUAUAGUAAAAAUCUUACUGUAUUCAAGCCUGAAGCUGUAACUCUGCAUGCUGUUAGACUCAGAAAAACAAGCAGUCUGCUGACAUCAUUAGAAGUGGUGGCCUGAUCCAAUCACAGUGCUUCCCCAUAGGAUUGGCUGAGACUGACAAAACGGCAGAUCGGGGCAAAGCCAGUAUGAUUCAAACACAGCCCUGGCCAAUCAGCAUCUGCUCAUAGAGAUGAAUUGAAUAAAUGAAUCUCUAUGAGGAAAGUUCAGUGUCUGCAUGCAGAGGGAGGAGACACUGAAUGUUUGGAUGCAUUUUAGGCAGCCAUGACCCAGGAAGGAUCUCUAGCAGCCAUCUAAGGAGUGGCCAGUGAAGUUAUCUCUAGGAUGUUAUGUAAAGACUGCAUUUUCUCUCAAAAGACAGUGUUUACAGCAAAAAGCCUGAAGGUAAUGAUUCUACUAACCAGAACAAAUUCAAUAAGCUGUAGUUGUACUUGUGACCAUAGUGUCCCUUUAACUAUAUUCAUUGUCAGCCAGUCCACACAAGUUUUGUUCCCAUACAUCCCUCUUAAGUUUCCAUACUUAAGUAAGAGUAUGUGAAAAGUAGUUAGGGUUGCCACCUUUCUUGGAAAAACAUACUGGCCUUACUAAUUUGCAUAAUUAAAUAUGUAUGGGUGACAUCACAUGAUGUAAAUCACAAGGAGUGACAUAAAAGAAAAUGCUGUAGAAUCACCAAAAAACUACUUAGUUUGAUUAUGCUGUAUAGAUGGAUUCCUCCCAGUGCCCCCGUGUCUCCCAGUGCCCCCAUGUGUCGAUUACUCCAGGUCUCAGCGUUCCUAUGUAUCAGUGUAUCAGUGCCCCAUGUCUCCCAGUGUCCCCUAGUGUCGUGUCCCCAGGUCUCCCAGUGACCUUAUAUAUCACAGUGUCCCUAUGUAUCACAGUGUCUCAAUGUCCCAUGUCUCCCUGUGCCCUCCAGUAUUCCCAUGUGUCUAUGUCCCCAUGUAUGUAUCACUAGGAAGAUGGGGAGACCUGGGGACACGGGGAGACCUAGGGACACAGACACAAGUGACACUGGGAAACUAGGGGACACUGGCUGGGACACAGACACUAGAGACACUGGCUGGGGGACAUGGGAACAUUGAGACAUGGGGCACUGGGAGACAUGGGGACACUGAGACACCAGGGCCACAUACACUAGGGACACUAGCUUGGAGACAUGGGGACAUUGAGACACUUGAGGCACUGGGAGACAUGGAGGCACUAGGAGACAUGGGGACAGUGAGACAGUGGGAGACUAGGGGCACUGAGACACCAGGGACACUGGCUGGGAGACAUGACUGUGUCCCCAUGUGUCUGUCAUAAUGUCUCCCAAUGUCCCUUAGUGUCUCAGUGUAUGUCUCCUUGCAGCCUUUCCCCCAUCCCUUACUUCCCUGAGCCGUAGGCUGUCUCUGCAGGGUGGGAGUUGCUGUCUGGACUCUCUGUAGCUGCACCCCUACAGAUCAGUGAGUAUAGAUAGGCAGGGAGGCAUAUGCUGGAACUUCCUAUCCCUGCCUGUCUCAACGCACAGCGACCCCUACUGGCCAGUGCUGGUAUUGCAUAGUAAUCUCUUGUUUAGAAAAAUACCAGCAUUUGUAUUGCCAAUAUCACUGCAAUAUUGGCACCAGCUAGGCAGCCUCAAGUACUGGCUGUGCCAAUAAAAUAAAAGCCAGGUGGAAUCCCUAAGAGUAGUGUGUGAAAAAAAAAGGUGUUUUUUUUUUUUUUUAAAUCAAUGGGCCUAUUCCAUGGGCCUGGGCCUGGGCCUGGAGCUGCAGCUCCAUCAGCCCCUAUGUUAAUCCGGCCCUGGGUGGCUCAUGCCCCAGGUUUUUUUUGUUUUUUUUUACCCUAGCAACUCCCCUGAUGAUCUGAACUAUCUACAUGCUACCUGAAUGCAUGUAAAUCUUAAACAUAUGCCUGUUAGCGUAUCUACAAAUGUGUAAGUAGGUCUAUGUAUUUUAACAUGUGAUCUCUCUGCUUUUUCCAUGAACUGCAUGAUUCCACCUUUCAUUGCAAUAGCAAUGUGCACAUUCUUUCUGCAGUAGUGUCUCUCUUUAAUUGUGUUUUUCAGUUGCGCUCAUUGGCCCAGAUUUUUUUUCUUUUAUCAGGCUCUUUUUGCCAUGCUUUCAUCUAUAUUUAUACUGCCUGUUUUUGUAUUUAUUCUUCAGUUUUGCUAUUCAGACAUUAUUCAGCUAAUAUGUCAUGACAAUAAGCUCGUUUGAGCAGAAACCUUAUCUACCUAUUGUUCCUAUAUCAUUUUGUAAUUGUCUCAUUUAUUGUUACAUUUUCCCCUUUCAUAAAACCGUAAAGCACUGCGGAAUAAGUUGCCACUAUAUAAAUACCAAUAAUAAUAAUGGUAGGAGUUUACGCAGCCAUGUAGAAAAAAUUGUUUAUAAUGUCCUUUGUGCUGUUGUCAAGUCCUCUUUUGCUACAGUCACCAGCCAUCUCCUGCAGAACAUGGUGUUCUAGGAGGUCUAUGUUAAAAUUAAUACACCAUUUUGUGAAUGAAUUGUUAAAAAUCACUACACUGUAUUAAAAUUAACAUGUACA